AAGAGUUCAUGGGUUCGCUGAUUUCUCUGUGCUCGUCGUGAGGCAGUCGCCAUUUUGAAACCCAAAUCGUUCACAGUACACCCGCUCUGAAACCUGGAACUAUGCCGCGGGGCCGGCCUCGCAAACUGAGGGAUAAAACCAACGACGGAACAGGUAAUCAGUUCCAAAAUGUCACGAAUAAAAAAGGCAGCGACCAUGCUGUUUACACAAGUACGUAAUGAAUGGGCAAGCUGCUGCGUAGCUGAGAUAAACUCACUUGAAUAUAGUGUAUAUAGUCCCCGGAUAUAGUAUUGCGGUGUCCAUUGCUUUGUGCUGUAAAGUAGUGAUUGAGGCGGAAUGAUAUUAAUAACAUUUCGGUGGCUCUACUUAUCCAGAUUCAGUCUAAUUUACACUUCGGGGAGGCAAUAGCUCCCGUAGAGUCCUGUCAAAUAUAGAUAAUUUGGCUAGGUAACGUUAGUUAUAUGUGGUUUUUCUGACUCGUGUGUUAGCAUGUUGGUGCUAGGCAGUUGGCUAACAGUCUUUGUUUUUUUAUUUGCGUGUGCGAGAAGACGGCUAGCUAGAUGUCAGCUAGCUGGCUAGCCAAACCAUCAAGAAAGUGGAGUGUUUCGCCAUCCAGUCUCGGUUCGCUGCAGCUCGAUAGCCACAUUAGCGAGUUAUAACUGCUACUGUUAACUAACUAACUGUAGUUAACUAACAUAACUUUAACUAGUUAGCAUCCAACUCAAGUCGAGUGAUCAGAAGAGAAUGGGUUUUCUGCAUGUGGCUAAGUUAAAGUUUGUUGCCAUCCUAUAGCUAACGCGCCGUUGCCAGCUAGAAGAUACAGCUGAGCUAGCAAGCUAACAGCACAGAUAAACAAUGCACUCCAGCUGCAAGUUGGCUUGGCUAGGUGUAAAAUAAAUAUAUAUAUAUUGUAGGUCAAUUGGUAGCUAGCUAGUAUCGUAAGAGUCGUAACUUUAGUUAGACAAUAGCUAGCUAUAGUAUCAGCUUAUUUUUGCCAUGUUUAGUUAUGUGACAUGACAGUUUACUAACUCGUUCAAGGACAAUAUGUUCAACCAGCUAGGCCAUCAGGUGUGUAGUCAUUGCUCCUAGAAAAAUAGCGUUUCUAUUUGUCAGAUUCAGGUAGGUCCACCCCUAUUUGCUGAACCGGUCCAAUAGAAACGCUAGUUUUCGAACGCUUUGCAACCGUUUGGAGUAAUGAUUACACCCCAGGAAUAUUCAGUGGGUUUGUUUAGUGCAGUGGUCACAACCUUUUCUGAGUCAAAAUGCAUGGCGAGAUCUACCGCUCAGAUUUGUUUUGAACAUUACUUUAAAAAAGUAAGCCUAUGCAACAUUAACCUAUUACAAACAGUACUGUAACAAUGAGGUUUGUGCACUAGCCUAUAGGCCCAAUACAUUAUCACUGCAUUGCUUGAAUUGCCCUGCCAAAUGCAUUGUUGUUCGGACCAUUAAAAAAUAUAUUUAUUUAAAUUUUGAGGUAAGCAAUAGGAUCACACCGGUAAUAGUUAGUUGUAUUAUUUGUGAGGCAAAGCUGAGGGAGCAUACAUUUAAAUAAUUUGCUUUUUAUUUUACUGGGCUGAUGGUGCCUGCAUCUGAUGGUCAGUCUCAGCGGAGAGCGAGGGCAGAAGACUGAGGGUCCGCCUCUCAACGUUCCUCCACUCUCCCUUUCCUCCUCUAGACACUGACCAAAAAGGGACACAGUCUUCCAGUAGAUGGCGGAACUCCACACCGUGUUAUUUCUGAUUCAUGCACAAAUUCAUGUUACUCCUAUGAACCGAGAAAGUGAAAUAUUCAUCAAUAUAAAAACAAUUUAAAGACCCAGGCCGCUAACAACAACGCAAGCGUAUCCUACUCAUUCAUUACAACUUAGUGCUGGUUGUAGCGUGAGUGGAAGUAGGAAGAACCCACAUUUUAUGGCUUAUAAAAGUGUUGAGGAAAAACUCACUCAUAAAAACAUCAGCUCUUUGCUGUAUUUGUUGACAGUCUCCCUCUAGUCAUGGCUUUGAAGGUUUUGAAAUCUCACAAUAUUGACUUUUCUGUAGCUUAUGCCUGCUAAGUUACUGCCGACACAGUAAUCAGAGGCAUCUGAUUGGUCAGCGUUAGGCUUAUAGUGCACUUGAUUUUCUCUCCGGGCAUGCCAGGAAGACCGAGUUCGUACCUUCAAACAUGAAAUGGUUCAAAAUCAGAACACUUCGCCUACCUGACGCGCAGUGCAGCUGAAUCGGGCCUAGAAUCGGAUACAAAUAAAUAUUUGGGAAACCCUACAUUAAGCAAUGUCAACCAUGGGAAGAUGCAAUCAUGACAAAAAUAUGGGGCAUUAACCAGGUUUUCCAUCCAACCGUUUCAUGCGGAUGAAUGACUUGAUGCAUAAAAAAGUCAGGACAGGCCUUACGGCAACAGCAAAUUUGUUGGUAAACUUCCCAAUGUCGACAUGACAUAAAAUACGCUAGACAAGGUGGGAUUUUUUUUUUGUCUGUAGAUUAUGCGACAGUUGCGGUGGAAACCCUUUUAUGCGCAAAUAUUGAUAGAAAAACCAUCACGUCACAGUAAAUUUGGAGUCAAGUGAUGAUGUUGUAGCCUACUACCACCACGACAUAUGACCCACCCAUAUGACCAUUACGCACAACACGCGCGGUGGCCGUAUAUUUACUAUACAAAAGUAUGUGGACACCCCUUCAAAUUAUUGGAUUCGGCUAUUUCAGCCACACCCGUUGCUGACAGGUGUAUAAUAUCGAGCACACAGCCAUGCAAUCUCCAUAGACAAAUAGCUCAGUGACUUUCAACGUGGCACCGUCAUAUGAUGCCACCUUUCCAACAAGUCAGUGUGUACAAUUUCUGCCCUGCUAGAGCUGCCCCAAUCAACUGUAAGUGCUGUUAUUGUGAAGUGGAAACAUCUAGGAGCAACAACGGCUCGGCCGUGAAGUGGUAGGCCACACAAGCUCACAGAACGGGACCGCCAAGUGCUGAAGAGCGUUUAAAAAUCGUCUGUCCUCUGUUGCAACACUCACUACCAAGUUCCAAACUGCCUCUGGAAGCAACGUCAGCACAACAACUAUUAGUCGGGGGCUUCAUGAACUGGGUUUCCAUGGCCGAGCAGCUGCACGCAAGCCUAAGAUCACUAAUAUGCAAUGCCAAGCGUUAGCUGGAGUGGUGUAAAGCCCGCCGCCAUUGGACUCUGGAGCAGUGGAAACGGGUUCUCUGGAGUGAUGAAUCACGUUUCACUAUCUGGUAGUCCAACAGACAAAUCUGGGUUUGGCAGAUGCCUGCAGAACGCUACCUGCCCCAAUGCAUAGUGCCAACUGCAAAGUUUGGUGGAGGAAGAAUAAUGGUCUGGGGCUGUUUUUCAUGGUUCGGGCUAGGCCCCUUAGUUCCAAUGAAGGGAAAUGGAAAUCUUAACGCUACAGCAUGCAAUGACAUUCUAGACGAUUCUGUGCUUCCAACUUUGUGGCAACAGUUUGGGAAGGUCCUUUCCUGUUUCAGCAUGACAAUGCCCCUUGCACAAAGCGAGGUCCAUACAGAAAUGGUUUGUCGAGAUCGGUGUGGAAGAACUUGACUGGCCUGCACAGAGCCGUGACCUCAACCCCAUCGAACACCUUUGGGAUGAAUUGGAACACCGACUGCGAGCCAGGCCUAAUCGCCCAACAUCAGUGCCCGACCUCACUAAUGCUUUUGUGGCUGAAUGGAAGCAAGUCCCCACAACAAUGUUCCAACAUUUAGUGGAAAGCCUUCCCAUAAGAGUGGAGGCUGUUAUAGCAGGAAAGGGGGGGACCAACUCCAUAUUAAUGCUCAUGAUUUUGGAAUGAGAUUUUUGAUGAGCAUGUGUCCACAUACUUUUGGUCAUGUAGUGAAUAAUUACACUAACCUAUUUCAAAAACAAUAUAUACAGUGGGGGAAAAAAAGUAUUUAGUCAGCCACCAAUUGUGCAAGUUCUCCCACUUAAAAAGAUGAGAGUGGCCUGUAAUUUUCAUCAUAGGUACACGUCAACUAUGACAGACAAAAUGAGAAAAAAUUUUUUCCAGAAAAUCACAUUGUAGGAUUUUUUAAUGAAUUGAUUUGCAAAUUAUGGUGGAAAAUAAGUAUUUGGUCAAUAACAAAAGUUUCUCAAUACUUUGUUAUAUACCCUUUGUUGGCAAUGACACAGGUCAAAUGUUUUCUGUAAGUCUUCACAAGGUUUUCACACACUGUUGCUGGUAUUUUGGCCCAUUCCUCCAUGCAGAUCUCCUCUAGAGCAGUGAUGUUUUGGGGCUGUCGCUGGGCAACACGGACUUUCAACUCCCUCCAAAGAUUUUCUAUGGGGUUGAGAUCUGGAGACUGGCUAGGCCACUCCAGGACCUUGAAAUGCUUCUUACGAAGCCACUCCUUUGUUGCCCGGGCGGUGCGUUUGGGAUCAUUGUCAUGCUGAAAGACCCAGCCACGUUUCAUCUUCAAUGCCCUUGCUGAUGGAAGGAGGUUUUCACUCAAAAUCUCACAAUACAUGGCCCCAUUCAUUCUUUCCUUUACACGGAUCAGUCGUCCUGGUCCCUUUGCAGAAAAACAGCCCCAAAGCAUGAUGUUUCCACCCCCAUGCUUCACAGUAGGUAUGGUGUUCUUUGGAUGCAACUCAGCAUUCUUUGUCCUCCAAACACGACGAGUUGAGUUUUUACCAAAAAGUUCUAUUUUAGUUUCAUCUGACCAUAUGACAUUCUCCCAAUCCUCUUCUGGAUCAUCCAAAUGCAAACUUCAGACGGGCCUGGACAUGUACUGGCUUAAGCAGGGGGACACGUCUGGCACUGCAGGAUUUGAGUCCCUGGCGGCGUAGUGUGUUACUGAUGGUAGGCUUUGUUACUUUGGUCCCAGCUCUCUGCAGGUCAUUCACUAGGUCCCCCUGUGUGGUUCUGGGAUUUUUGCUCACCGUUCUUGUGAUCAUUUUGACCCCACAGGGUGAGAUCUUGCAUGGAGCCCCAGAUCGAGGGAGAUUAUCAGUGGUCUUGUAUGUCUUCCAUUUCCUAAUAAUUGCUCCCACAGUUGAUUUCUUCAAACCAAGCUGCUUACCUAUUGCAGAUUCAGUCUUCCCAGCCUGGUGCAGGUCUACAAUUUUGUUUCUGGUGUCCUUUGACAGCUCUUUGGUCUUGGCCAUAGUGGAGUUUGGAGUGUGACUGUUUGAGGUUGUGGACAGGUGUCUUUUAUACUGAUAACAAGUUCAAACAGGUGCCAUUGAUACAGGUAACGAGUGGAGGACAGAGGAGCCUCUUAAAGAAGAAGUUACAGGUCUGUGAGAGCCAGAAAUCUUGCUUGUUUGUAGGUGACCAAAUACUUUUUUUCCACCAUAAUUUGCAAAUAAAUUCAUUAAAAAUUCUACAAUGUGAUUUUCUGGAUUUUUUUCUCUCAAUUUGUCUGUCAUAGUUGACGUGUACCUAUGAUGAAAAUUACAGGCCUCUCUCAUCUUUUUAAGUGGGAGAACUUGCACAAUUGGUGGCUGACUAAAUACUUUUUUUCCCCACUGUAUACCUCUAAUUUUAUAUCAAUGAGCUGGGCACAUAUGGUAGUUACAGAAAAAAUAUAUGACUAUACAUAUAUACAAAAUUACAAAGUGGAGUGCAAUUAUGAGAGUGUAACAGUUGUCAUAAAAAGUAGGCCCAAUCCAGAAAGAACUCCUAGCCCCCCUGAUAUUCAAAUUCCGCCCCUGACAUUUCAUGUGGCCCAUGUUGUUCACUAAUUUCAUAGACUUAAAGAAAAAAUAUUUUUGAGCAUUGUGCAUACUAUUGAAACUCAACUCCCUAUUUACUCCCUAGCCCGUGCCCUUGGCCCUAAUCCUUCAAUGUUUUCAUCUGUAAGGUCAGCCUGACCUGGUCAGGUGUAUCAAUAUGGUGGUAGCAUCACCACUGCACUGCUUAGGCUACCUAUCCAGACCCUUCAGAUUUGCAAACAUUGAAAGGUUAGGCUGGUACUAAGGGGAGGGGUUGGUAGUGAUUUGGGACAGGCUCAUAUCAAUUACCCCAUGUAGACCUACCCAUUACCUGAUUUGGAUACCAGAUAAAGGCUAGCAUAAUAUGCCAAAACAUUGGUUAAUGCUCUGUGUCUGUGUCUUAACCCUUUUUUUAGUUUAAGUAUGAAAAUUACAAUAAAUGUGAUUUAUUAGGCUAUUACAUUGCUUGGCUGUUUGUUAUUUGGAUGACUUUAGUUCUAAAUAUCUCCUUUCCACACACCAAUCAGACUGAAAAAUACAUACAGGUGUUCAAAAACUGCCCCCCUCUGGGCCUCCCGUUGCCAUACUCGGCAGCACCACCUUGUAAAAUAAAUCCUGGGGAGAACCCUGCAAACCUAACACUAAACCUAAUAUUUCACUGUCUUGAAUCUGCUGGGAAAUAGGCUGGUGGACCAAAACAUUAGGCAAAUUGCAGACUCUGUUUAAGUAGCCUAAUUAUGAACACCAUGGUAAUAUGAGUGUCUUCGUCUCCCUCCCUCUCUCUUUCUGUCAUCAGAGGGUAUAUCUGGGGCCAAGCAGGACUACAGCCAUGGGGAUUCCAAGGACAACAAGUGCACUGUCUGCUCCCAGAGCUUCACUACUGAGAGCCAACUACAGAGGCACCAGCGUGACCAUGAGGCCAACGACAAGGCAAGCAAAGGGCCAGACGAGGCCGUUUGACACAACAUAGGCUGCACAGACCUAGCCUGGGUGCCAGUCUGUUUCUGCUCUUGCCAACUCCUUAUGGAAUUGUCAUGCCAAUGUUUAGCUUGACAAUGACAAUUGGUAGGCAAAGCACAAUACAUGGGGAAAAAAAGUCAUUAGUCAGCCACCAAUUGUGCAGUUCUCCCACUUAAAAAAGAAUGAGAGGGCCUGUAAUUUUCAUCAUAGGUACACAUCACUAUGACAUAACAAAUUGAGAAAAAAUAUCCCGAAAUCACUUGUAUGAAUUUUUAUGAUUUAUUUGCAAUUCUGGGUAGGCAAAUAAGUAUUGUUUGUCCCCCUACAAACAAGCGAUUUCUGGCUCUCACAGACCUGGUAACUUCUUCUUUAAGAGGCUUCCUCUUGUCCUCCACUCGUUACCUGUAUUAUGGCCCUUGUUUGGAACUUGUUAUCAGUAUAACAGACACCUGUCCGCACAACCCUCAAACAGUCACACUCCAACUCCACUAUGGCCAAUACCCAAGAGCUGUCAAGACACCAAAACAAAUUGUAGACCUGCACCAGGCUGGGAAGACUGAAUCUGCAAUAGGUAAGCAGCUUGGUUUGAAGAAAUCAACUGUGGGAGCAAUUAUUAGGAAAUGGAAGACAUACAAGACCACUGAUAAUCUCCCUCGAUCUGGGGCUCCACGCAAGAUCUCACCCCGUGGGGUCAAAUUGAUCACAAGAACGGUGAGCAAAAAUCCCAGAACCACACGGGGGGACCUAGUGAAUGACCUGCAGAGAGCUGGGAACAAAGUAACAAAGCCUACCAUCAGUAACACACUACGCCGCCAGGGACUCAAAUCCUGCAGUGCAAGACGUGUCCCCCUGCUUAAGCCAGUACAUGUCCAGGCCCGUCUGAAGUUUGCUAGAGUGCAUUUGGAUGAUCCAGAAGAGGAUUGGGAGAAUGUCAUAUGGUCAGAUGAAACCAAAAUAUAACUUUUUGGUAAAAACUCAACUCGUCGUGUUUGGAGGACAAAGAAUGCUGAGAGAACACCAUACCUACUGUGAAGCAUGGGGGUGGAAACAUCAUGCUUUGGGGCUGUUUUUCUGCAAAGGGACCAGGACGACUGAUCCGUGUAAAGGAAAGAAUGAAUGGGGCCAUGUAUCGUGAGAUUUUGAGUGAAAACCUCCUUCCAUCGGCAAGGGCAUUGAAGAUGAAACGUGGCUGGGUCUUUCAGCAUGACAAUGAUCCCAAACACACCGCCCGGGCAACGAAGGAGUGGCUUCGUAAGAAGCAUUUCAAGGUCCUGGAGUGGCUUAGCCAGUCUCCAGAUCUCAAUCCCAUAGAAAAUCUUUGGAAGGAGUUGAAAGUCCGUGUUGCCCAGCGACAGCCCCAAAACAUCACUGCUCUAGAGGAGAUCUGCAUGGAGGAAUGGGCCAAAAUACCAGCAACAGUGUGUGAAAACCUUGUGAAGACUUACAGAAAACGUUUGACCUGUGUCAUUGCCAACAAAGGGUAUAUAACAAAGUAUUGACAAAACUUUUGUUAUUGACCAAAUACUUAUUUUCCACAUAAUUGCAAAACAUUAUUAUCAUGGAUUUCUGGAUUUUUUUUUCAUUGGCUAGUUGACGUUACCUAUAAAAUAAGGCCUCUCCUCUUUUUAAGUGGAGAACCCAGGUGCUGACUAAACUUUUUGCCCUUACAUAUCUGGGACCAGGCUAGUACAGAACCCAACCUAAUCAUACUCAUUGUGAUAUGGAUGGAACUGGUACUUUCAUUUCACAUGAAUGGAAUUUUGGUAUAAUGGUUUUGAAUUUGAUGUGCUGGAUGUGAAAACAUUAGAUACCAGUGGGGAAAAAAAAGUAUUUAGUCAGCCACCAAUUGUGCAAGUUGUCCCCUGUAAAAAGAUGAGAGGCCUGUAAUUUUUCAUCAUAGGUACACGUCAACUAUGACAGACAAAAUGAGAAAAAAAAUCCAGAAAAUCACAUUGUAGGAUUUUAAUGAAUUUAUUUGCAAAUUAUGGUGGAAUAUAAGUAUUUGGUCAAUAACAAAAGUUUCUCAAUACUUUGUUAUAUACCCUUUGUUGGCAAUGACACAGGGUCAAACGUUUCUGUAAGUCUUCACAAGGUUUUCACACACUGUUGCUGGUAUUUUGGCCCAUUCCACCAUGCAGAUCUCCUCUAGAGCAGUGAUGUUUUGGGGCUGUCGCUGGGCAACACAGACUUUCAACUCCCUCCAAAGAUUUUCUAUGGGGUUGAGAUCUGGAGACUGGCUAGGCCACUCCAGGACCUUGAAAUGCUUCUUACGAAGCCACUCCUUCGUUGCCCGGGCGGUGUGUUUGGGAUCAUUGUCAUGCUGAAAGACCCAGCCACAUUUCAUCUUCAAUGCCCUUGCUGAUGGAAGGAGGUUUUCACUCAAAAUCUCACGAUACAUGGCCCCAUUCAUUCUUUCCUUUACACGGAUCAGUCGUCCUGGUCCCUUUGCAGAAAAACAGCCCCAAAGCAUGAUGUUUCCACCCCCUAUGCUUCACAGUAGUUAUGGUGUUCUUUGGAUGCAACUCAGCAUUCUUUGUCCUCCAAACACGCCGAGUUGAGUUUUUACCAAAAAGUUUUAUUUUGGUUUCAUCUGACCAUAUGACAUUUUCCCAAUCCUCUUCUGGAUCAUCCAAAUGCACUCUAGCAAACUUCAGACGGGCCUGGACAUGUACUGGCUUAAGCAGGGGGACACGUCUGGCACUGCAGGAUUUGAGUCCCUGGCGGCGUAGUGUGUUACUGAUGGUAGGCUUUGUUACUUUGGUCCCAGCUCUCUGCAGGUCAUUCACUAGGUCCCCCCGUGUGGUUCUGGGAUUUUUGCUCACCGUUCUUGUGAUAAUUUUGACCCCACGGGGUGAGAUCUGCGUGGAGCCCCAGAUCGAGGGAGAUUAUCAGUGGUCUUGUAUGUCUUCCAUUUCCUAAUAAUUGCUCCCACAGUUGAUUUCUUCAAACCAAGCUGCUUACCUAUUGCAGAUUCAGUCUUCCCAGCCUGGUGCAGGUCUACAAUUUUGUUUCUGGUGUCCUUUGACAGCUCUUUGGUCUUGGCCAUAGUGGAGUUUGGAGUGUGACUGUUUGAGGUUGUGGACAGGUGUCUUUUAUACUGAUAACAAGUUCAAACAGGUGCCAUUAAUACAGGUAACGAGUGGAGGACAGAGGAGCCUCUUAAAGAAGAAGUUACAGGUCUGUGAGAGCCAGAAAUCUUGCUUGUUUGUAGGUGACCAAAUACUUAUUUUCCACCAUAAUUUGCAAAUUAAUUCAUUAAAAAAUCCUACAAUGUGGUUUUCUGGAUUUUUUUUUCUAAAUUUGCCUGUCAUAGUUGACGUGUACCUAUGGUGAAAAUUACAGGCCUCUCUCAUCUUUUUAAGUGGGAGAACUUGCACAAUUGGUGGCUGACUAAAUACUUUUUCCCCCCCACACAUUACAUCCAUUGUUGAUUUAAGGUGAUGAACCCAAAAAAGUACCCGCACAUAGGCCUAGUCCUCCAUGUGAAAUUGUACUGUUGUUUCUGCCUGACACACAGAUGAGUUGUCCUCAGAUGGCAGUUGUAGCUUGUCCACAGAGAUACAGUAUGAGGGGAUUUAUUAUUCAGCUGUCAGAGUGGGAGAGCCUCUCUUGCAGGCCAGUGAGCAAACAGUUAGACAGACAGAGGGAACAUCCUCUUAAGACAAAUAGCCCAGUGUAUGAGGGAAAUGUAGUGCCACCAGAGAGCAAAUGCAACUGACACAGAGUUAUUGAAUAAAUAAAUAUAUUAGAAAUAUACCCAGGAAAUAAGACCUUCAGCCAAGCAAACCUGAAAAUUAUAACAGGAGAGAAAAUGGACUGGCCGGACUAUUUGUUAUUGUAGGACUCAUUUACUCACUCAUGCACAUCUUUUUAAAACGUUUAAGUCAUUUAGCAGACAGUCCUAUCAAGAGCGACUUAAAGGAUCAAUUAGGAUUAAGUGCCUUGCAAGGGCACAUCGGCAGAUUUUCACCAAGUCGGCUCGGUGAUUCGAACCAGUGACCUUUCGGUUACUGGCCCAACGCUCUUAACCGCUAGGCUACCUGCAGGCCACACAGUCACUCACUUGCGUACACUCACUCACUACCUCAGUCAUUAACUGUCUUUUCUCUCGGUAUCUCCCUUCCAGCCUCACCGGUGCGAUCAGUGUUCCCAGACGUUUAACGUGGAGUUCAACCUCACGCUCCACAAGUCCACACACGCCACCUCGGACCCCACCUGCCCAGUGUGCCACAAGAAGUUCUCCCGCGUGGCCAGUCUCAAGUCCCAUAUCAUGCUGCAUGAGAAGGAGGAGGUCAGUCAAUCAGUGAUAUAAUUAAACAAAUGCGAUUGUCUUGAAUCUGCUGGGAAAUAUGGUUUAUCGAAGGUAAAAAUGUAAUGUUUAGCUGGUGGAGUAGCCUACUACUUUUAAUUAUCUUAUUAAUUCAAUUAAUCAAUAAAUAUCUGUGGACUUUUUCACAUCAGAUCACAACCAUCCUCAUAAUAUAAUGAUAAUACAUAUCAUUUAUAUAGGUGACUGCUUUCUAAACCGCAAAGACGCUCGUAUGAUGGACUCAUGCAUGUCUUCUGAAUUGUGGUCCUUCUCCAUCCUCCUCCUCUCGUCUGUGACCUCAUCUUCUCGUUUCUUUCUCCGCCUCUGUUCUUUCCCUCUCUCCUCUAGAAUCUGAUCUGUACAGAGUGUGGCGACGAGUUCAUUCUCCACAGCCAGCUCGUGCUGCAUCUGGAGGAGCACCGCAAAGAGCUAUCUGGGGCCAAGGUGUACCCCUGCAAGACCUGCAGCAAGGAGUUCAAGAUGGCGGGCCAGCUCAAGGAGCACACCAAGACCCACAUCAAGAUGAGGUUAGAGAGCGAGGAGACAGUAGCACAGAGGGUCUCGCGUUGAUUGUUACUGUUGUCCAAAGUGCUUGUUUAGCAACACAUUACUAAGUGUAUUAAGUGCACUUAUCUCCCUGUGUCUUUAUGUUUCCUAUUUUUCAUUUGGAGGACCAGCAGUUAAAUUGUGUUUCAAAAGAACAACCUGACCAAAGACUGUUUCCACAUUGGGUUGAUUUCUGUUUCGCUGCACUUUCUUUCCGUCAGGCCACUCAGCUCGAAUUCCAGAAACUACAAGAAGAAUAUCGAUCGCAGUGGAUUCACCAACAGCUGUCAGCACUGUGGCAAGACGUUUAAAAAGCCCAGCCAGCUCGUUCGACACACACGAAUACACACAGGUAAGCAAAAGACAGCUGGGUCAUGUUAAUUACGGCACGCAUCAGAAAACAUUUAAAAACAUUUAGCAAAUUAAAAUGAGUCCCUCCCUGUUUCAGUUUGUUUUCUUCAGUUUCAAGCCUAAUGAACAUGACCGAGGCUUGUUCUGCUUCAUACAAGACUCGGAUUUGGAGUUGUUGAUUUUGAGAGGGCAUUAAAUGGAGAGCAUGAGAUGAAAUAAUGGCCUCUUGAGCCCUAGAGGCCCAGUAGGUGUGCUGUAUCACUGUUGGACACCAGGGGUCUCCACCUAUUAAGGUGCCACCAAGCUCCUGUGGCCACAUUUGCUCUGAGAUAUAUAAUAAGGCAAUACAGUUGUCCCGUAAAUGUUUCUACAUUUUCCCCAUGUAAAAUGUGUUGAAAUAGAUAUGGCAUAUAUCCUUUAAAAUAUUCCCCCAAAACAUCCACCAAAAUAUAAUAGUCAUACGCUACAUGCACAGGGGCAUUGUCAUGCUGAAACAGGAAAGGGCCUUCCCCAAACUGUUGCCACAAAGUUGGAAGUACAGAAUCGUCUAGAAUGUCAUUGUAUGCUGUAGCGUUGAGAUUUCCCUUCACUGGAACUAAGGGGCCUAGCCUGAACCAUGAAAAAAAGCCCCAGACCAUUAUUCCUCCUCCACCAAACUUUACAGUUGGUACUAUGCAUUGGGGCAGGUAGCGUUCUCCUGGCAUCCACCAAACCCAGAUUUGUCAGUCGGAUUGCCAGAUGGUGAAACGUGAUUCAUCACUCCAGAGAACGCGUUUCCUCUGCUCCAGAGUCCAAUGGCGGCGAGCUUUACACCACUCUAGCCGACGCUUGGCAAUGCGCAUGGUGAUCUUAGGAUUGUGUGCGGCUGCCAUGGAAACCCAUUUCAUGAAGCUCCCGACGAACAGUUCUUGUGCUGACGUUGCUUCCAGAGGCAGUUUGGAACUCGGUAGUGAGUGUUGCAACCGAGGACAGACGAUUUUUACACGCUACGCGCUUCAGCACUUGGCGGUCCAGUUCUGUGCGCUUGUGUGGCCUACCACUUCGCGGCUGAGCCGUUGUUGCUCCUAGACGUUUCCACUUCACAAUAACAGCACUUACAGUUGACCAGGGCAGCUCUAGCAGGGCAGAAAUUGUACACACUGACUUGUUGGAAAGAUGGCAUCCUAUGACGGUGCCACGUUGAAAGUCACUGAGCUCUUCAGUAAGGCCUUUCUGAUACAAAUGUUUGUCUAUGGAGAUUGCAUGGCUGUGUGCUCGAUUUUAUACACCUGUCAGCAACGGGUGUGGCUGAAAUAGCCAAAUCCACUAAUUUGAAGGGGUGUCCACAUACCUUUGUAUAUAUACAGUAGUGUAGCCCACCAGUGAUGUGGGGAGUGACCCUGUUUAAACCCACAGCGUCAUACACAGCUACUGACAGCUGUGUUUACACACACACACACACACACACACACAAACUUAACAUUUUCAAAAGUUGCCCUCCCUCGCCAAUAUACCUACUGAUUUCCUUUCGGACAUAUCAAGGCCGUCAUUGUAAAGUAGGCGUCAUUGUAAAUAAUAAUUUGUUCUUAACUGACUUGCCUAGUUAAAUAAAGGUUAAAUAAAAUAAAAUAUCACCUGAGAUAAGUGCACAUUAAGUGCAGACUCCCAGCCCAGACUCCUCUCAGAGUUCAUUCAGAGCUUCAGCUAUCCUUCCUCACAGAGCCCCUCUGUGCCACCUCAUCUUAAUGUUAAUUUGUGGGCUGGCUGGAUGGAUGACUAAUGCUGUGCUGGAGAUGGUUGGUCUGUGCUCUGAAUCUCAAACAGCCAUUAAGGGGAUGUGCUGAAGGGGAGCUGUGGGGCUUCAAGCUCAGCCUGGAGGCUCCAGUCAGCUAACUGAAACUGAAGCCGGUAUCCUUAGCUAAGUAUCCACCUCUGCCCUCAUUGUCUAAAGUAAGGCAGGUUAGUCCUUGUGGGCUUCUCAGCUUAGCUAAACUCAGAUCUCCCUGAGCAGUCAGGCUUCAAGACGGGUUACUCAACCGAGACCGCUCUUCUCUGUGUCACGGAGGCGCUUCACAUUGCCAAAGCUGACUCUCUCUCUGUUCUCAUCCUACUAGGUCUAUCCGCUGCCUUCGACAUGUGAACCAUCAGAUCCUCCUCUCCAAUCUCUCAGGGCUGGGCAUCUCAGGCUCUACACACUCUUGGAUUGCAUCCUACCUGGCAGGCUGCUCCUACCAGGUGACGUGGAGAGUAUCCGUGUCUGUACCACGUACUCUCACUACUGGUGUCCCCCAGGGCUCGGUUCUAGGCCCUCUCCUCUUCUCUCUAUACACCAAGUCACUCAGCUCCGUCAUAUCCUCACAUGGUCUCUCCUAUCAUUGCUAUGCGGAUGACGCUCAACUACUUUUCUCCUUCCCCACUUCUGACACCCAGGUGGCGACACGCAUCUCUGCGUGCCUGGCAGAUAUCUCAACUUGAAUGUCAGCCCACCACUUCAAGCUCAAUUUAGACAAGACGGAACUGCUCUUCACACAGGAAGCGGCGCAGGUCCUAAUCCAGGCACUUGUCCUCUCCCGUCUGGACUAUUGCAACUCGCUAUUGGCUGGGCUCCCCGCUUGUGCCAUCAAACCCCUGCAACUUAUCCAGAAUCCUACAGCCCGCCUGGUUUUCAACCUUCUCAAGUUCUCUCAUGUCACCCCACUCCUCUGCACACUCCGCUGGCUUCCAGUCGAAGCUUGCAUCCACUACAAACCAUGGUUCUUACGUACGGAGCAGCAAGAGGAACUGCCCCUCACUACCUUCAGGCUCUGCUCAAACCCUACAGCUCAACCCGAGCACUCUGUUCUGCCACCUCAGGUCUCUUGGCCCUCCCACCCCUACGGGAGGGCAGCUCUUCUCUGUCCUGGCCCCCCAAUGGUGGAACCAGCUUCCCCCUGAAGCUAGGACAGCAGAGUCCCUGCCCAUCUUCUGAAAAAAUCUGAAACCCUACCUCUUCAAACAGUAUCUUUAAAUGAUCCUCCUCCUCACCUUUUUUAAAUAACCAGCACUUGAUCCCCCCCUUCUAGCUCUACUGAUAAAUCAAAUCAAAUCAAAUUUUAUUUGUCACAUGUGCCGAAUACAACAGGUGCAGACAUUACAGUGAAAUGCUUACUUACAGCCCUUAACCAACAGUGCAUUUAUUUUAAACAAAAAAAGUAAGAAUAAAACAACAACAAAAAAAGUGUUGAGAAAAAAAGAGCAGAAGUAAAAUAAAGUGACAGUAGGGAGGCUAUAUAUACAGUAAAAUAAAGUGACAGUAGGGAGGCUAUAUAUACAGGGGGGUACCGUUGCAGAGUCAAUGUGCGGGGGCACCGGCUAGUUGAGGUAAUAUGUACAUGUGGGUAGAGUUAAAGUGACUAUGCAUAAAUACUUACUUAACAGAGUAGCAGCAGCGUAAAAAGGAUGGGGUGGGGGGGCAGUGCAAAUAGUCCAGGUAGCCAUGAUUAGCUGUUCAGGAGUCUUAUGGCUUGGGGGUAGAAGCUGUUGAGAAGUCUUUUGGACCUAGACUUGGCACUCCGGUACCGCUUGCCGUGCGGUAGCAGAGAGAACAGUCUAUGACUAGGGUGGCUGGAGUCUUUGACAAUUUUGAGGGCCUUCCUCUGACACCGCCUGGUAUAGAGGUCCUGGAUGGCAGGGAGCUUUGCCCCAGUGAUGUACUGGGCCGUACGCACUACCCUCUGUAGUGCCUUGCGGUCAGAGGCCAAGCAGUUGCCAUACCAGGCGGUGAUGCAACCAGUCAGGAUGCUCUCGAUGGUGCAGCUGUAGAAUUUUUUGAGGAUCUGAGGACCCAUGCCAAAUCUUUUUAGUCUCCUGAGGGGGAAUAGGCUUUGUCGUGCCCUCUUCACGACUGUCUUGGUGUGUUUGGACCAUGAUAGUUCGUUGGUGAUGUGGACACCAAGGAACUUGAAGCUCUCAACCUGUUCCACUACAGCCCCGUCGAUGAGAAUGGGGGCGUGCUCAGUCCUCUUUUUUUUCCUGUAGUCCACAAUCAUCUCCUUUGUCUUGGUCACGUUGAGGGAGAGGUUGUUGUCCUGGCACCACACGGCCAGAUCUCUGACCUCCUCCCUAUAGGCUGUCUCAUCGUUGUCGGUGAUCAGGCCUACCACUGUUGGGUCGUCGGCAAACUUAAUGAUGGUGUUGGAGUCGUGCCUGGCCAUGCAGUCAUGGGUGAACAGAGAGUACAGGAGGGGACUGAGCACGCACCCCUGAGGGGCCCCCGUGUUGAGGAUCAGUGUGGCAGAUGUGUUGUUACCUACCCUUACCACCUGGAGGCGGCCCGUCAGGAAGUCCAGGAUCCAGUUGCAGAGGGAGGUGUUUAGUCCCAGGAUCCUUAGCUUAGUGAUGAGCUUAGAGGGCACUAUGGUGUUGAAUGCUGAGCUGUAGUCAAUGAAUAGCAUUCUCACGUAGGUGUUCCUCUUGUCCAGGUGGGAAAGGGCAGUGUGGAGUGCGAUAGAGAUUGCAUCAUCUGUGGAUCUGUUGGGGCGGUAUGCAAAUUGGAGUGGGUCUAGGGUUUCUGGGAUUAUGCUGUUGAUGUGAGCCAUGACCAGUCUUUCAAAGCACUUCAUGGCUACAGACGUCAGUGCUACGGGUCGGUAGUCAUUUAGGCAGGUUAUCUUAGAGUUCUUGGGCACGGGGACUAUGGUGGUCUGCUUGAAACAUGUUGGUAUUACAGACUCAGUCAGGGACAUGUUGAAAAUGUCAGUGAAGACACUUGCCAGUUGGUCAGCACAUGCUCGGAGUACACGUCCUGGUAAUCCGUCUGGCCCUGCGGCCUUGUGAAUGUUGACCUGCUUAAAAGUCUUACUCACAUCGGCUACGGAGAGCGUGAUCACAUAGUCGUCCGGAACAGCUGGUGCUCUCAUGCAUGCUUCAGUGUUGCUUGCCUCGAAGCGAGCAUAGAAGUGGUUUAGCUCGUCUGGUAGGCUUGUGUCACUGGGCAGCUCGCGGCUGUGCUUCCCUUUGUAGUCUGUAAUAGUUUUCAAGCCCUGCCACAUCCGACGAGCGUCAGAGCCAGUGUAGUAUGAUUCAAUCUUAGACCUUUAUUGACUCUUUGCCUGUUUGAUGGUUCGUCGGAGGUCAUAGCGGGAUUUCUUAUAAGCGUCCGGGUUAGAGUCCCGUUCCUUGAAAGCGGCGGCUCUACCCUUUAGCUCAGUGCGGAUGUUUCCUGUAAUCCAUGGCUUCUGGUUGGGGUAUGUACGUACGGUCACUGUGGGGACGACAUCAUCGAUGCACUUAUUGAUGAAGCCAGUGACUGAUGUGGUGUACUCCUCAAUGCUGUCUGAAGAAUCCCGGAACAUGUUCCAGUCUGUGCUAGCAAAACAGUCCUGUAGCUUAGCAUCUGCGUCAUCUGACCACUUUUUUAUUAACCGAAUCACUGGUGCUUCCUGCUUCAGUUUUUGCUUAUAAGCAGGAAUCAGGAGGAUAGAGUUAUGGUCAGAUUUGCCAAAUGGAGGGCGAGGGAGAGCUUUGAUAGUUACGUUAUUGAGGAAAAAUGUACUUUCUAUGCCUGUGAUAUGUGGUUGUCCCACCUAGCUAUCUUAAGAUGAAUGCACUAAAUGUCAAUCGCUCUGCAUAAGAGUAUCUGCUAAAGGACUAACAUGUAAGCAGUGGCUUUCCUGCGGGGUAUAGACCCCUUUCUGUGUUUGUAAACAUUGCUGCAUGAGGGCGAUGCGCGCAAGUUGGUGGCAGAACAAUGGGGAGUUUUAAUAGAACGCCAGCAAAAAACGCCUCUAUUUACAUGUUUUGUAUUAGUGCAUUUCAGAGUACUUUUGGAUUAAAAUUGGAUUUUAAGGCUCAUAUGAAUGUCCUGCUUGGUAUAAUGUUUGUGUCAUCAUCGCAAAUCAACUGCAUUAUACUUAAACAAUUCAACUUCAACCAGUAAAAUGGCUCUUUGGCUAGCUUUUGCUACAGGCUAUAUCAAUGAGCGUUAGCAUUCUAGCUAACAACUGCUGCAUCCAAAAUAGUUAUUUUGCAAAGAUCACAACCAAAUAUAAUCUUAGCGACUGUUUGAGCAAGAACCAAAACAUAAUUGAGAACCCCCAAAAGUUAUUUUGUUUAGAAGUAAUAAAAAAUUAAAUCUAGGGUAUGUUGAAUGGGCUCAGAUGGCGAUGGCUUUCUUACUGCCAUGCGCAGCUCUAUGCAUUCUCUGGAAAAUAAUGCAACUCCGUGGUAGGUUAGUUCCACUCCAAUAACGUGUCGUGGAACACACUUUCCACGUCAUGCAUUAUUUUCCAGAGAACGCAUAGCCCCUCAUUGAUUAUCCCUUACGUGUUCUCUCUCUGCCUCCCUCUCUCUCCCUCUCACAUUUUGUCAUGGGGUGCAGAGAACAUUUUGCAGUUUUAAAGCUCAUUUUCUUGCAAUUCUAUACAUUUUGCAAUGUCUAAUGGGUAAGCAAUGUCUAACCCUGUGCCCCCCACCUGCCGACCCACAGUUUGGAACCACUGAUCUAUACCACCCAGGUGUAUUGAGUUGUGUUCUCUCUCCCUCCUAUCCUCUCUCCUCUCCCAUCCAGGCGAGCGGCCGUACAAGUGCAGCCACUGUAGCAAGGCCUUCAACCAGAAAGUGGUGCUGCAGACCCAUAUGGUGAGGCACACGGGAGAGAAGCCCCACCUCUGCAUCUUCUGCCCCGCCUCCUUCUCGCAGAAGGGCAACCUGCACUCGCACGUCCAGAGAGUGCACUCUGAGGUAAACAACCGACUAACCACAUCACCUGGCACAUCUCUGUUGCGCUCACUGUCUUUAAUCAAUAGGAUGGGUGGAAUUAUUAUUAUUAUCGCUUAUAACUUUCACCUGUCCGAUCCUCAAAGUUCUCCGCAAGUUUCUACAAGGUAAUGUGUGUAUGUGUAUAUAUAAACACAGCAAAAAAAGAAACGUCCCUUUUUCAGGACCCUGUCUUUCAAAUCUAAUUUGUAAAAAUCCAAAUAACUUCACAGAUCUUCAUUGUAAAGGGUUUAAACACUGUUUCCCAUGUUUGUUCAAUGAACCAUAAAAAUUAAUGAACAUGCACCUGUGGAAAGGUCGUUAAGACACUAACAGCUUACAGACGGUAGGCAAUUAAGGUCACAGUUAUGAAAACUUAGGACACUAAAGAGGCCUUUCUACUGACUCUGAAAAACACCAAAGGAAAGAUGCCCAGGGUCCCUGCUCAUAUGUGUGAAUGUGCCUUAGGCAUGCUGCAAGGAGGCAUGAGGACUGCAGAUGUGGCCAGGGGAAUAAAUUGCAAUGUCCGUACUGUGAGACGCCUAAGACAGCGCUACAGGGAGACUGGACGGACAGCUGAUCGUCCUCGCAGUGGCAGACCACGUGUAACAACACCUGCACAGGAUCGGUACAUCUGAACAUCACACCUGCGGGACAGGUACAGGAUGGCAACAACAACUGCCCGAGUUACACCAGGAACGCACAAUCCCUCCAUCAGUGCUCAGACUGUCCACAAUAGGCUGAGAGAGGCUGGACUGAGGGCUUGUAGGCCUGUUGGAAGGCAGGUCCUCACCAGACAUCCCCGGCAACAACGUUGCCAAUGGGCACAAACCCACCGUCGCUGGACCAGACAGGACUGGCAAAAAGUGCUCUUCACUGACGAGUCGGGGUUUUGUCUCACCAGGGGUGAUGGUCAGAUUCGCGUUUAUCGUCAAAGGAAUGAGUGUUACACCGAGGCCUAUACUCUGGAGCGGGAUCGAUUUGGAGGUGGAGGGUCCGUCAUGGUCUGGGGCGGUGUGUCACAGCAUCAUCGGACUGAGCUUGUUGUCAUUGCAGGCAAUCUCAACGCUGUGCGUUACAGGGAAGACAUCCUCCUCCCUCAUGUGGUACCCUUCCUACCUCAUCCUGACAUGACCCUCCAGCAUGACAAUGCCACCAGCCAUACUGUUCGUUCUGUGCGUGAUUUCCUGCAAGACAGGAAUGUCAGUGUUCUGCCAUGGCCAGCGAAGAGCCCAGAUCUCAAUCCCAUUGAGCACGUCUGGGACCUGUUGGAUCGGAGGGUGAGAGCUAGGGCCAUUCCCCCCAGAAAUGUCUGGGAACUUGCAGGUGCCUUGGUGGAAGAGUGGGGUAACAUCUCACAGCAAGAACUGGCAAAUCUGGUACAGUCCAUGAGGAGGAGAUGCACUACUUAAUGCAGCUGGUGGCCACACCACAUACUGACUGUUACUUAUGAUUUUGACCCCCCCUUUGUUCAGGGACACGUUAUUCCAUUUCCACAUGUCUGUGGAACUUGUUCAGUUUAUGUCUCAGUUGUUGAAUCUUGUUAUGUUCAUACAAAUAUUUACACAUGUUAAGUUUGCUGAAAAUAAACGCAGUUGACAGUGAGAUGACAUUUUUUUUUUUUUGCUGAGUUUAUAUGUGUAUAUACACAGCUCAAAAAAAUUAAGGGAACACUAAAAUAACACAUCCUAGAUCUGAAUGAAUGAAAUUAUCUUAUUAAAUACUUUUUUCUUUACAUAGUUGAAUGUGCUGACAACAAAAUCACACAAAAAUUAUCAAUGGAAAUCAAAUUUAUCAACUGUGCGGCCCCCCAAAGAAAUGCCACCCCACACCAUGACUGACCCACCGCCAAACCGGUCAUGCUGGAGGAUGUUGCAGGCAGCAGAACGUUCUCCACGGCAUCUCCAGACUCUGUCACGUCUGUCACAUGUGCUCAGUGUGAACCUGCUUUCAUCUGUGAAGAGCACUGGGCACCAGUGGUGAGUUUGCCAAUCUUGGUGUUCUCUGGCAAAUGCCAAACGUCCUGCACAGUGUUGGGCUGUAAGCACAACCCCCACCUGUGGACGUCGGGCCCUCAUACCACCCUCAUGGAGUCUGUUUCUGACCGUUUGAGCAGACACAUGCACAUUUGUGGCCUGCUGGAGGUCAUUUUGCAGGGCUCUGGCAGUGCUCCUCCUGCUCCUCCUUGCACAAAGGCGGAGGUAGCAGUCCUGCUGCUGGGUUGUUGCCCUCCUACGGCCUCCUCCACGUCUCCUGAUGUACUGGCCUGUCUCCUGGUAGCGCCGCCAUGCUCUGGACACUACGCUGACAGACCCAGCAAACCUUCUUGCCACAGCUCGCAUUGAUGUGCCAUCCUGGAUGAGCUGCACUACCUGAGCCACUUGUGUGGGUUGUAGACUCCGUCUCAUGCUACCACUAGAGUGAAAGCACCGCCAGCAUUCAAAAGUGACCAAAACAUCAGCCAGGAAGCAUAGGAACUGAGAAGUGGUCUGUGGUCACCACCUGCAAAACCAGUCCUUUUUUGGGGGUGUCUUGCUAAUUGCCUAUAAUUUCCACCUGUUGUCUAUUCCAUUUGCACAACAGCAUGUGGAAUUUAUUGUCAAUCAGUGUUGCUUCCUAAGUGGACAGUUUGAUUUCACAGAAGUGUGAUUGACUUAAAGUGUUCCCUUAAUUUUUUUGAGCAGUGUGUGUGUGUAUGUAUGUAUGUAUGUAUGUAUAUAUAUAUAAGUGUGUGUGUGUGUGUGUGUGUGUGUGUGUGUGUGUGUGUGUGUGUGUGUGUGUGUGUGUAUGUAUAUGUAUAUGUGUAUGUGUAUGUAUACAGUACCAGUCAAAGUUUGGACACACGUGCUCAUUCAAGGGUUUUUCUUUAUUUUUACUAUUUUCUACAUUACAGGAUAAUAGUGAAGACAUCAAAACUAUUAAAUAACACAUGGAAUCAUGUAGUAACCAAAAAAGUUGAGAUAUUUGAGAUUCUUCAAAGUAGCCACCCUUUGCCUUGAUGACAGCUUUGCACACUCUUGGCAUUCUCUCAACCAGCUUCAUGAGGAAUGCUUUUCUAACAGUCUUGAAGGAGUUCCCACAUGCUGAGCACUUGUUGGCUGCUUUUCCUUCACUCUGCGGUCCAACUCAUCCCAAACCAUCUCAAUUGGGUUGAGGUCGGGUGAUUGUGGAGGCCAGGUCAUCUGAUGCAGCACUCUAUCACUCUUCUUGGUCAAAUAGCCCUUACACAGCUUGGAGGUCUGUUUUGGGUCAUUGUCCUGUUGAAAAACAAAUGAUAGUCCCACUAAGCACAAACCAGAUGGCGUAGCGGUCUAAGGCACUGCAUCACAGAGCUUGAGGCGUCACUACAGACCCGGGGUCGAUCCCAGGCUGUGUCGUAGCUGGCCGUGACUGGGAGACCCAUGAGGCGGCGCACAAUUGGGACAGUGUCAUCCGGGUUAGGGGAGGGUUUGGCCGGCCGGGAUGUCCUUGUCCCAUCGCACUCUAGCGAGUUGUGGUCACAAGAUCAUGACUCCUCCAUCGGUUGCAGGCCCAUAAAAAAAUGAAAGCGACUAACGGAGAGGGAGAGAGAGCGAGGAUAGCUCUCAGCUCCUGUAGCCUUGAUGAAGAGAGGCAGCUCUGUGGGGUCAUGAAUAAGAAACAGUACAUAAAGAGAGCUCCAUCAGGGAUGCAGGGUAAGCGGAUGGAUGGAUGGAUCCAGACUAAUGCUGCACUAGUUCAUGAUCUGCCGCUGCAUUUUACCACUCAGAAAAGAAGGCUUCCAUUCUAUAACACUGUCUGCAACAGAGCUUGUUCAUUUAAAAAAAGCCUCUGCAUGCAUUCUGAUCACAGCCAUUGGUAGGAAAUGGAUUUGAUAUGGGCUGGGUCUUGUGUCUUCUGACCUUUGCCCCCCCCCCCCCCGCUCCCCCUCUUCGUCUUUAAUCAGUUAGAUAUACGGAAAUAAUAUGGAACAUUAUUAUGAAACAUAAGCUUCUAUUACUGAUGUAGCAACAUUUCACACAUCUAAUGUGAUAUUUUCACAUAUUUGAGGUUCAAUGGGAAAAGAAUGAGCCUAAAUGAAAAGCAGUCUGGGUUAUUCAGUGUGAUGAUGGCAGUCGAGGAGUUGGUGUUUAUAGGCAGACAUUUUGAGUGACUGGCUGUACGCUCUUCUGGACCUGAGUGCCACUUUCAUCGGGUUUGUGUCCACUAGUCACCAUUACUUACAUCUGUGCAAAUGAGGGCAUGCAAAUGUGAGGCUUCGUACUUUUUAUUGAGUGGCCAACUCAAUCAGCUAGCCUUUCAUUUUUCCCCACCCCUCACAACAAUACAUGUGAUAAUUUUAUCAACCAACAUUUUUUUACAGAGCCCCUCAAAUAAAAAAAUUGUUUUAACGAAUUGGGAAGAGACACUAAAGAGCGUCCAUAGCAUGUUUUUGUCCAUCAGUGCUAACUGGCAGUGAUUCGGUGAGUUGAUUGAAUCUGCCCCAAACCGCAGCUAUUCAAUGUUUUUGAAUAAUGCAUGUGAUUCUCACGAGUGUCAUUCAACCUACUCUGGCAGUAAGGACCUCGGCUUUAUGAACAGACUUUAUGAAUAUAUUAAAGUUGGAUGUGAUUAGGAAUACAUUUCAUAAGCAGAUGCAUCUGGAAUAUGGACAGGGAAGUGGGACUGUUUUUAGAUUACCCCAAAGUUUCCGGAAAGUUCAGGUAAUUGUUCUCUAUUCUCCUAAUCGCUGCCUUUUAUUAGAUUGCCCUUUAAAAUAAUCAGAAGACAUAUAUUUGUAAUAUCUGUCUUGGCUGAAGGUAAAAUAUGUAUAAUGUAUACACUGAGUGUACAAAACAUUAGGAACACCAGCUCUUUCCAUGGCAUAGACUUACCAGGUGAAUCCAGGUGAAAGCUAUGAUCCCUUAUUGUUGCUUGUUAAAUCCACUUAAAUUAGUGUAGAUGAAGGGGAGAAGAAAGGUUAAAGAAGGAUUUUUAAGUCUUGAGACAAUUGAGACAUGUAUGUGUGCCAUUCAGAGGGUGAAUGGGCAGGGCAAAAGUUUUCAGUGCCUUUGAAUGGGGUAUGGUAGUAGGUACCAGGCGCAACGGUUUGAGUGUCAAACCCAGCAGCGUUGCAGUUCUUUUCACGCGCAACAGUUUCCCGUGUGUAUCAAGAACCCACCCAAAGGACAUCCAGCUAACUUGACACAACUUUGAGAAGCAUUGGAUUCAACAUGGGCCAGCAUCCCUGUGAAACGCUUUCGACACCUUGUAGAGGCCAUGCCCCGACAAAUUGAGGCUGUUCUGAUGGCAAAAGGGGUGCAACUCAAUAUUAGGAAGGUGUUCCUAAUGUUUUGUACACUCAGUGUAUAUCUUAGUUGGUAUUAAAUUAUAAUGACAUGGUAUUAGGUAGUUAGUAUUAUUUUUACCUGAUGUAAAAUCAUUUCUUAUUAAUAUAAAAACCUACAAAGAAUGUAGCCUUCUGCUAAUUCCCAAAGGUAUCAUAUCCAAUGAAAGCAUUUAGGCCUUUAACAGCUCAUUAAUAUAAAUUGAUAAUCACAGUUGUCUGUAUACUGACUUUGUUUCCUGUGUGUGUGUGUCUUCAGCUUACGGGAGUACCACUGUUCCCGUGCAUGGACUGUAGCUGUGUGUUCAAAAAGCUAGGCAGUCUCAAUGCCCACAUCAGCAAGAUGCACAUCUUGCUCAUAGAGGAAUCGGCCAACACACAGGUGAGGGAGUGCAUGCAGAUGAUGUGAACUUCUAUACGUUUCUCCUGAUUCGGUUUCGGACCUCUGCAUUCAGUUUGUUGCCUCAAGCUGCAGCUAGCUUGAUGCUGAGUGAUCUCUCACACACACACACACACAAACACACACACACACACACACACACACACACACACACACACACACACACACACUGUAGCUCUACGACUGCAUGCAGGUUUUAUGUGAUUAUUUCAGAGUGGGUCUCAAUAUAAAAAAGCCUCAUUUUCAUAUUAUGUCAUCGUGUUUUUGUAAUUAAAUGGAACCUUGAAAUCAGGUGUUCAGGUACACUAGGCUUCCCCCAACAUUUUUCGCUAAUCUAUGAUGCCCUCCAAAACACAAAAUAAGAUAGAAAAUGCUCUACGCUGCUCAGGUCAGCUCACCUCUGCCAUUCUCUGUAUUCCCUUUUCUCCUCUCAUUCUCUCCACCUUCACACCCUCCCCCGCUGUCCCGUAGGAGGUGGAGGAGUCGGGUCAGGGCGUGGCGGGAUCAGAGGGCAGUGAGGUGGUGACUGACGUGAUCCAGCAGCUCCUAGAGCUGUCUGAGCAGGUGACAGGGGAGGGGACCCAGUCACAGCCCCAAGAACAGACCAUCACCAUGGAGACGGCCAUCAACCAGGACAUCCUACAGGUGGGAAGCAUAACACAUUCAGGAAUGCACGCAUACACAUAGGUACACACGCACACACACACAGCUGUCUUACUAUACUUGUGAGGACUUUUUGGGGACCAACAAUUGAUUCCCAUUCAAAAUUAUAUUUUCCCUUACCCUAACCUUAACCACUAACCCUAAUUCUAACCCUAACCUUAAACCUAACCCCUAAGCGUAAAGUAGCAUUUUUACAUUUUUGUGAGGACUUCUGGUACCGAUUUCUAGAAAACAGUAGACUUUAUUGAUUUAAACUGGUGUUGAGAACAACGCAGCAGAGGUGGGCGGCAGUGGAGUGAGGAGACAGGGAAACAGCCAUUGGGCCUUGAAAAAGCGCAGAGAGAGGAAAACUCAUCUUAGUUAUGAUCAACUGAAUGAUGAACAUAUUGGAAUAAAGUAUGCAAUUGAAGGCAUGUAUCAAAUUCUUGCUUAGACUAAAACUCCCAAAGUCAUAUCCAACCGUUAUACUAAUUUAAACCAAUAGUCGUGUGGUCACCUAGAUUAUCAUUUCAGCCCCGUUUUGAUUGGGACAGCACCAUCAUAGCGUGGGGGAUUUUUGUUUUCACUGAAUCUCCGUUUGGAUAUUUGGUAACAAUUAAGCUGGGGGAAAUGUUAGCUAAGUUGAGGUGAGUGCUAAUGAUCAUCUUUAUUCUAGUUUGCUCAUAUAUUAACUGAUCAGAACAUGUUGCUAGCAUGUUAUACAAGUGGAUUUUGCCCUUCACUCGCGUAGUAGCCUGUCCUUCUCCCGACUAAAAGCCUGUGACUUGUCUCAUAAUCAAUCAAUGUGAUUUUGUUUCACAGAUUCUCUGUAUAUUUGGUUAAUUGAUCUCUGGCUGGACAAGUGGAAGUGGUAGCUCAUUUAUUCGUUCACUGAUCAAAAACAUUUAGCAUGCAUUAAUGUAGCUUAAAUCAAGUGUGUUAGUUAUCUAUUGCCUUACAUAGUAGCCUUAUAUAGAGCCUAGGCUAUUUUCCCAUCGUCCCAGAGAUGGUCCCCGUUAGGAUACCUUGAUAUUUAAACAAUUUCCUCUCUUCAACUCCCCGUUAUUCAUGAGCUGAUCUGCGAUCUGUAUAAUGAUCAGCAAGAUUUAGCCAAAUUCAUUCGUUGGAGGUUAUCUAGCAAGCUUAGCAACUUUGCUCAAUUGACUUUUGUUUGACUGCUGUUACAAAGUUUGUAUGAUUCGACAACGCUAUAGCCUACUCGGGGUGCACUCUGUGCGUGCUCUGGGUCGAGAGAGCCUAUGCCUACUGUUGAAAUGCGCUGAAUUAAUUGAGGAACAUGAUUUCGCAAUUCACAACAAUGUCAUUGGCGAUCGAAAGUUACUCUAUCAUUACUAAAUAUCAGUUUCACUUGCUGUGAAAUCUUUACAUAGUGGCGCAGCCAAACCGGCAAUGUGGCACAGUGACAAUCUUAUUUUGUGAGAACCCUGGCAUAGUGACCAUAUCUUGGUUUUAAACUUGGUUUUGAAUAGGAAUCGGUUUCAGGCUCAUUUCAUUUCUGUGAUGUCGGACCAGGCCUGGGCUCGGGCUUCAGCUCACCAGGCUUGGGCCGGACCGGGAUCGAAUUUUCAGUUCUGCUUCUGAUGAGAACUCUAAACUGCAUUCGGGUCUCGUGUGCAGUCCGGCAGUGUCAAUUAUGCGUGUGCUUUGAAUUCAUGGCGACUUUGUGUGAAGUUAAUAUGCUAGCCUAAAGGCUUCCAACAACCUGAUUGGAUAAUGUGCUAUUUUAUUUGUAGCCAAUCUGCUGCUGCGCAUGUGUAUUUCGUGGAAUUGCAUUAGUGCGACAUUGGAGGGGAAAUUCUUGGGGAAAUGUGAAGAGAGGUCCCAGGACUGCACCUUCCCGGUUACCGGUAUUAUUCCCUAGUGUCAUGUAGCCUAGCUCUAAUCAUGUGAUCGAGGCAUAAAGCACAAUAUUGCCCAAUACUAUUGUUAAGUUGCGUCAAUUCAAAUCUGGUGUUAGGAACAAAAGAGGUCAAUACACGUCUUCUAAAAUAGACUAGUAUUUUAAUUAAUGCAAACCACUUCAAUGGUAAAUAUGAUGUUCGUAUAUACGGGUCCACUGAAAUACCACGCAGGGCACUCCGAGAACUAAGCCAUUGUUAUGAGUUCUUCUUAAAAUACUCUGACAGAGAUAGUUCCCACUCCCUGCUGGCCAAUCACAGUAGAGACUGAGCGUGGUUUAGACUUACUCAUCCUAUCCGUUGGCGCACCGGCUGCUCCCAGCCCCUUGGCGCUCCACUGUUGCACACUGUUUCCAGGCAUAAGUUGUUAUAACAACCUGUAGAGUCAGCGCCCAAAAGACACCGUUCCACUGUACUCUAAGUACCUACGUUCAAGGACGGUUCACAGACAACGGUUCACAGACAACAAAGAGGCAGUGUUCGUAUCUGUAAGAAAUACAAGUCUUAUCUGUAAGAAAUACAAGUCUUAUCUCAUCCUACCCCCUAACGUUCCUCACAUGAAUCACAGCUUGUUAUGUGAAACAAUUCAUAUCAUUACAGUACAAACCUUUUAUGCUUUAAUCAUUAAUGCAUUCUUUCUAAGCUAGGUAUCACAUCCAGUUAUGAGAAAAUAGAUCCCCACACUAUGGAUAGAAAGAUUUAUACAUAGUAUUAGUCACAGUUUUCGUUAUACCUUGUCACCCCUGUACCCCCCCACACACACACAGCAAGCCCUGGAGAACAGUGGGUUGAGUGUGGUUCAGUCCCAGACCAACGGAGUGGCCAGACAGACUCAGAGCCAUGCCACCGGGGGGGCUCUACCUGACAGUAAGAAGUUACCAGGCCAGGACAAAACCACCAAGAAGGAGAAAAGAAGUAUCUUCAAAAAACCUGUACAGAUGCCAGGUAGGGCAUACCCCAAAUAAUGUCCAUGUGUGCUUGUGUAUGAAACCGGGUCUUAGUCAACUCCAUCAAUUUACUAGCUUGUGAAAUGUCCAUUGACAAUAAACAGGUAUAUUGCAUAUAUUGGCAGUUUCAAUUGAUUGAUCCCCUGAAUUUAAGGAAUUUAAGUGGAUUUGGUCCCAACGCUGUGCCUGCUCAUCUCAUGUGGGACCAGUGUCGUGUCCAUUAGGGCACCAUGUAGCGAAACGUAACAUGAAAAUGAAUGUUUCUUAUUGGACAGGUCCAGGUAGUCUCUCCCUGUUUGUCUGUUUUCUUCCCAUUUGGUGCCUAAUGAACGCAACCCAUGUCCCCCCCUCCCCGUAGGCUCCAUCAGGGAGGAGAACGGCGUGCGGUGGCACAGCUGCCCUUACUGCAACAAGGAGUUCAAGAAGCCCAGCGACCUGGUACGCCACAUCCGUAUCCACACACACGAGAAGCCCUUCAAGUGCAAGCAGUGCUUCCGUGCCUUUGCCGUCAAGAGCACCCUCACCGCCCACAUGAAAACGCACACGGGCAUCAAGGCCUUCGAGUGCGAGUACUGCAUGAAGUGCUUCUCCACGUCGGGCAGCAGGAAGGUCCACAUGCGCCUACACACAGGUGAGAGUGAUAGUAUGGCGUUGUUAUUAAGAGUGAUAUUAGCGCCAUCAGAAAUUGAAUUUGAAUUCAACCAUUUUGAUUGUAUUCGUAGGUACACAUUUAGUUCCUGUGGGCACUUACAGUACAUUCGGAAAGUAUUCAGACCCCUUGAUUUUUUCCACAUUUUUUUCCAGCCUUAUUUUAAAAUGGAUAAUAACAAAACAAAAAUCUAAUCGAUCUACACACAAUACCCCAUAAUGACGACGCGAAAACAGGUUUUUAGAAAUUUUUGCAUAUGUGUUAUUUCAUAGUUUUGAUGUCUUCACUAUUAUUCUACAAUGUAGAAAAUAGUAAAAAAUAAAGAAAAACCCUUGAAUGAGUAGGUGUUCUAAAACUUUUUACCGGUAGUGUAUAAAAAAACAGAAAUACCUUAUUUACAUAAGUAUUCAGACCCUUUGCUAUGAGACUCGAAAUUGAGCUCAGGUGCAUCCUGUUUCCAUUGAUCAUCCUUGAGAUGUUUCUACAACUUGAUUGGAGUCCACCUGUGGUAAAUUCAGUUGAUUGGACAUGAUUUGGAAAGGCACACACCUGUCUAUAUAAGGUCCCACAGUUGACAGUGCAUGUCAGAGCAAAAACCAAGCCAUGAGGUUGAAGGAAUUGUCUGUAGAGCUCAGAGACAGGAUUGUUUCGAAGCACAGAUCUGGGGAAGAGUACCAAAACGUUUCUGCAUCAUUGAAGGUCCCACGAACACAGCGGCCUCCAUCAUUCUUAAAUGGAAGAAGUUUGGAACCACCAAGACUCUUCCUAGAGCUGGCCGCCGGGCCAAACUGAGCAAUCGGGGGAGAAGGGCCUUGGUCAGGGAGGUGACCAAGAACCUGAUGGUCACUCUGACAGACCUCCAGAGUUCCUCUGUGGAGAUGGGAUAACCUUCCAGAAGGACAACUGUCUCUGCAGCACUCCACCAAUCAGACCUUUAUGGUAGAGUGACCAGACAGAAGCCACUCCUCAGUAAAAGGCACAUGACAGCCCGCUUGGAGUUUGCCAAAAGGCACCUAAAGACUCUCAGACCAUGAGAAACAAGAUUCUCUGUUCUGAUGAAACCAAAAUGGAACUCUUUGGCCUAAAUGCCAAGCGUCACGUCUGGAGGAAACCUGGCACCAUCCCUAUGGUGAAGCAUGGUGGUGGCAGCAUCAUGCUGUGGGAAUGUUUUUUAGCAGCAGGGACUGGGAGACUAGUCAGGAUUGAGGGAAAGAUGAACGGUGCAAAGUACAUAGAGAUCCUUGAUGAAAACCUGCUCCAGAGCGCUCAAGACCUCAGACUGGGGCGAAGGUUCACCUUCCAACAGGACAACGACCCUAAGCACACAGCCAAGACAACACAGGAGUGGCUUCGGGACAAGUCUCUGAAUGUCCUUUAGUGGCCCAGCCAGAACCCGGAUUGGAACCCGAUCGAACAUCUCUGGUGAAACCUGAAAAUGACUGUGCAGCAACGCUCCACAUCCAACCUGACAGAGCUUGAGAGGAUCUGCAGAGAAGAAUGGGAGAAAUUCCCCAAAUACAGGUGUGCCAAGCUUGUAGCAUCAUACCAAAGAAGACUCGAGGCUGUAAUCGCUGCCAAAGGUACUUCAACAAAGUACUGAGUAAAGCGUCUGAAUACGUAUGUAAAUGUGAUAUUUCUGUUUUUUAUUUUGAAUACAUUUGCAAACAUUUCUAAAAACCUGUUUUUGCUUUGUCAUUAUGGGGUAUUGUGUGUAGAUUGAUGAAAAACAACAACAAUUUAUUACAUUUUAGAAUAAGGCUGUAACGUAACAAAAUGUGGAAAAAGUCAAGGGGUCUGAAUAAUCUCCAUAAUGGUCAUCCAUGUGACUGUGUUGUCAGGAUUGCAGGAAGGCUGCUUUUGUACUCAAUUCUGAAUUUGUGAUCAAGACUUAUUAUGAUUAACGUUGGUUUCAUAAUCUGGUUUUGAAGGUUUAACGUGAUUAAGUUAUAGAAAAAAAUAAUGAUGCGACUAAUGAUUUUAAAAAUGUUGCUUGAAAGGAAUGAGCUCUGCUUUGUUUUUUGCGCAGGCUGUACAUACUUCAUCAGUCUCUCAUUCACAAUUUGAGAGGCACUUGAUAAUGCCUUGAAUUUCCCGACGGCAUCCCCUUUGUGUGGCCAUAAUGCACCCUAAAAAAAUCCAUGCAAAAUGAGCCCAUGGGCUCUCGUGGAGUGUUUGAUUAGAUUUUCGAUUACAUUUGCAUUCAUGUCAGAGUGAUUAGAAGGACAAUAGAAUGCUGAGUACCAUGUAGUUAGCAAGUUUGGUAGGCUACUAAUGACCAUCAGCAGCAUCAGAGCUUGGAGAAGCCUAAUUACCGUGACUAAACGGUCAUGUGGAAUUUGACUGCCUUCAUGACUCGUGACCGCCGGUGUGGUGGUAAUACGGUCACCGCAACAGCCCUACUCUUAGUUGAGCAGUGAAUAUCAAACAUAUAUUCAACCACAAAGACCAUGGAAGUUUUCCAAUGGCUUGCAAAGAAGGGCAUGUAUUGGUCGAUGGAUAAAAAUUAAAAAACAGACAUUGAUUAUAUAACCCUUUGAGCAUGGUGAAGUUAUUAAUUACACGUUGGAUGGUUUAUCAAUACACCCAGUCACUACAAAGAAACAGGGAUCGUUCCUAACCCAGUUGCCGGAGAGGAAGGAAACCGCUCAGGGAUUUCACCAUGAGGCCAAUAGUGUCUUUAAAACAGUUACAGAGUUUAAUGGCUGUGAUAGGAGAAAACUGAGGAUGGAUCAACAACAUUGUAGUUACUCCACAAUGCUAACCUAUAUGACAGAGUGAAAAGAAGGAAGCCUGUACAGAAUAAAAAUAUUCCAAAACCCGAUAAGGCACUGAAGUAAAACUGCAAAAAAUAAAUUAACUUUGUCCUGAAUACAAAGCGUUAUGUUUGGGACAAAUCCAACACAACACAACACAUCACUUAGUACCACUCUUCAUAUUUUCAAGCAUGGUGGUGGCUGCAUCAUGUUAUGGGUAUGCUUGUCAUCGGCAAGGACUAGGACGUUUUUUAGAAUAAAAAGAAACGGAAUAGAUCUAAGCACAGGCAAAAUCCUAGAGGAAAACCUGGUUCAGUCAGCUUUCAAACAGACACCUAAAACACAAAGCCAAAUAUACACUGGAGUUGCUUACCAAGACAACAUUGAAUGUUCCUGAGUGGCCUAGUUACAGUUUUGACUUAAAUCGGCUUGAAAAUCUAUGGCAAGAUUUGAAAAUCUAGCAACGAUCAGCAACCAACUUGACGGCGCAUGAAGAAUUUUUGUAAGAAUAAUGUGCAAAUAUUGUACAAUUUAGGUGUGCAAAACUCUUAGAGACUCACAGCUGUAAUUGCUGCCAAAGGUGACUCUAAUGUGUAUUGACUCAGGGGUGUGAAUACUUAUGUAAAUGAGAUAUUUCUGUAUUUCAUUUUCAAUAAAUGUACAAAAAUGAUAGAAUAUUAUGUGUAGAUGGGUGAGGGGAAGACAUUUUUAUUUAAUCUAUUUUGAAUUCAGGUGUAUCACAAGAAAAUGUGGAAUAAGUCAAGGGGUAUGAAUACAGUGAAAGCACUGUAUAACCUGUCAGAAAUGUCCAGUUGAUCAACUACUAGCCCAUGUUAGCUAAGUAGGUCAGUUAGGGUAACCAGCUAUCAAAAUCCUGUAGUUACCAAAGCCAGAUUAUGUUCCCAGGGGCCUCGACCCCCUGGGGGGCCCAAUUGUUUAUUUUGUUGAGUCACUCCAGUAUUAUAUGAACACACAUAAGACAUGGCAAAAUGUGUAGAAUUAGCUUUUAAAUGAGCUUUAAACUGCACAAUUUUCUCUCCGCCCCAUGGCAAAAUGUGUAGAAUUGCAGCAAAUAAGAUUUAAAACUGAAAUAUUUUCUCUACGCGAACAAGAGGGGUGUGAACAGUUUGGGGGUUUAUUACUACGCCGGACCUUUGCCACCUAGGAAGACCGGACCUUAUCAAAUAGUCGUUGAGUACCCCUGUUCUAGAUUUAAUGCACAGUGGUGCACCAAAGCUAUGAUUAGCGUUAAUUAGCCUAGUGAGCGGAUGUGUAGUGUAAAGCUUUUGAUACGCGGUUCUUUACCAAGGCGACUUUCUUUUCCCCUUUCACUAAUUGCAGUAGUUGGGAUUUCGUGUCACGGCCAAGAUUAAGAUGUCUGGGUGAAUUAUGUGGUGUAAUGUAACGCUUGGCCUUCCGUAAUUAUUUAAUUAACACACACACAAUUUAACGCAGAUGCCUCUAAACCCUGGCCUCAUCUCUCAUUUGCAUGACGAUUUGAUUACCGGUAUUGCUUCAUCUUUUAGAAUGUUGACCUUAACGUAGCCGCGUAUCCGUCUGAAUGCAUUUACAUGUUAGUGUUGAUUGAUGAAAAGUAGAGGUCUUCACAGAUCCACCUGUACCCGAAUACCCGAGACCCGAUCCGGGACCCGAGCGGGUCUGGAUCCAGAAUUCUAAAUAUUGUCAUGGGUCGGAUCUGAUAUGAUUGUCACAAGUCUCGGGUAUGUGUAAUUUUAACGGACUUGUCCGAAAGGACCCGUACAGAUCCGAACGCAACUGCUGCAAUAGAGAGAGACUCUUGCUCUUCACGAGAGUGGAUCGUGGCACCUGUAGCUUGUUGUUGUUGGCCAAUCAUAAGUCAUUAAAGCCGCAAUAGUCUACAGUCAUAGAUCUCCGUGAGUGGCUAAAGUUAGGUGAGAUCUAAUCAAUGGAAGAUGGAAUUAAAAUGACAGAAUUAAAAGAUCAAGGAGAAGGAUAGGCUACAAUGACCAAGAGCCAACCGGUAGGGUGCUGCUUAAUAUUCUUAAUGGAGUUGUUGUUAUUUGUAACUGUAGGAUGAGAAAGCGCAUGCACUUGCAGCCUCAAUCUGCCAAGCUAGCUAACAUUAGCUAGUUUAACUAGCUUCUCCCGGUUUGAUGCAGUCAAGACAGGUACUACGUAAUCAUAUUUGAUGAUAAAUAAACUUCUACUAUAGUGUGAGUUGGCUUGUUGGUUGGUUGCUGUCUCUCCCUUCCUGCUCCCUGUGUCACUCGCUCACAGUAUGGCCUGCUAGAGCGGCACCUCUCUCGCUCUUUAUCAGCUCUGGUCAAUAAAGUAACUUAAAAAAUGACUUUUCUGCUGCUUCAAUCACUCGGAUCGGACCGUGUCUGGAUCCGACCAGGUCUAUACAGAAUGGGUCUGUUCGGAAUGGGUUUCUAUAUUAAAAAAAUAAAUGUAUGUAUAUCGGGUCCGGGUGGGAAAGCUCCAGGUUCAUUUCGGAACGGGUCCAACCUCUAAUGCAAAGCCUUUCCCUUUUUUUAUUAGAUGUGCUCCGUAUGGACAAUAAUUCAUUUUAACCUUUUAAAUUAACAUUCAAACACACUUGUUUGCAUAAGACAUGUGUAGCUAAGCUGUUAUGAGUGUUUGUGAUUUAGUUCAAAGUCAAGUUUAUUUAAUUUAUUCACAUGUCAUACAAUUGGAUUCUGAAUUACGUAAUGCAUGAUUAAAAAAGGAUGUUGAUUUAAGAAAAAACAACAACAAUACAACAUUUAGGUUACUGUAGUUUAGUCUGUUAAGGCGUCCGCAUGCUUCCCAGCCGAAACAGUUCGGUGGAGUUUGUGCAUAUAUUAUGACAACAUUUUGUUUGUUUUGGACUUCGGUGACGGUUCUUUCGGCUGUUCGGGCACAAAAAAAAUUCUGGAGGGAAGCCGAAGUUCGGAGCCGAAGUCUACGCCCCUUUGUCUGUGAUUGGUCAACAGUAGGGAUUCUUCAAUAAAGUCUUUAUUGUCAUUCAAAGAGACGAGUCGUUUUCAUGCAAAUCUUUUCAUUGAAAAAUACUGCACCAAACAUCUUUGUUAGAUGUAAAAUUGCGCGACUAAGAUCUCUUCGGUAAAAACGUAAAAAUGUAUGACAGAUUUCUUUAGUUAUCUUAGAUUAAUUCUGACUAUUUUGAGGAAGUGUAUACUGGCUAUGGCGUCUCAAAUGGACAAACAGUACUAUUGCCACUUUUUUCUUGUUUUUUAAGGGAAGGUCUUUUGAGGGAGUAUGUGAGCACACUAGUUCGGUUCGGCUAGCGAACUGAAGCAUGCUGACAACUUUAGGGGUUGGCGAUCCACAGGUUUCUUUGAUUUUUAUGUCAUCUCAGGAGACAUUGGUACGUUAAAUCGAUUUCGGCCUACUCAAUACCAUACUGUUUAUGUUUUGUAUUUUCUCGAGCUUGUCUCUCGAUUUAAUUGACAUGAAUACGUUUCCAUUUCCAAACUGAUGCAAUUCUCAUUAUUAUCUGAAUUUAAUUCCACAUGCUAAUUGAGGUGAAUGUUCUUGUUGCCAGGUUUGCGUCCGUUCCCAUGCCCUCACUGUGAAAAGAUCUUCCGUACGUCGGGCCACAGAAAAACACACAUCGCCUCCCACUUCAAGAGCCUGCAGCAGAAGAAGCACAAGUUCCCACGCAAAGCCCACAAAACCAAGGUGUCCAAGAGCAACCUACCUCUGCCUGACAUCCCCCUGCAAGAGCCCAUACUCAUCACGGACCUCGGUAACGCAUGCAUGCUCACUCGCUCCCUCACAAGCACACAUGCACACACACACACACACUUUGUUGAUAUUGUCCCCUCCUCCCCAGGUCUCAUCCAGUCCCAGAACCCUCGCCUGGCUUUCCAGACGUACCUGGAGAUGGUGGACAACGAUCGGCCAUACAAGUGUCCCUACUGUAACAAGGCCUAUAAGAAAUCCAGCCACCUCAAGCAGCACGUUAGGUACAGCUAUUCUCUACACGCAUACACACAUUACAGCAUAUGUUUUACUAUCCUUGUGGGGGCCUAAAAUUGAUUUCCAUUCAAAAUCCUGUCAUAACCAUAACCCUAAACCUAAACCCCUAAACCUAACUCUUAAACCUAAAAUAGCCUUUGUCCUCGUGGGAAAUGUCCCCCGAGGGAGAAUUUUCCUGGUUUUAAUAUCCUAGUGGGGACUUUUGGGGAUUUCCGAUACCCACAAGGAUAGUGAUACAAGCCCACACACACAUUUUGUUUGUAUUCACAUGUAUUCCUUUAGAAAUAUCGUCCUCUCUGAAGCAGCUGGCAUUGCCGACAUAUACCAGUGAAUGUACACUGCUCAAAAAAAUUAAGGGAACACUAAAAUAACACAUCCUAGAUCUGAAUGAAUGAAAUAAUCUUAUUAAAUACUUUUUUCUUUACAUAGUUGAAUGUGCUGACAACAAAAUCACACAAAAAUUAUCAAUGGAAAUCAAAUUUAUCAACCCAUGGAGGUCUGGAUUUGGAGUCACCCUCAAAAUUAAAGUGGAAAACCACACUACAGGCUGAUCCAACUUUGAUGUAAUGUCCUUAAAACAAGUCAAAAUGAGGCUCAGUAGUGUGUGUGGCCUCCACGUGCCUGUAUGACCUUGCAGGAACUGCUGACACACUCCAGCCACAUGAGGUCUAGCAUUGUCUUGCAUUAGGAGGAACCCAUGGCCAACCGCACCAGCAUAUGGUCUCACAAGGGGUCUGAGGAUCUCAUCUCGGUACCUAAUGGCAGUCAGGCUACCUCUGGCGAGCACAUGGAGAGCUGUGUGGCCCCCCAAAGAAAUGCCACCCCACACAAUGACUGACCCACCGCCAAACCGGUCAUGCUGGAGGAUGUUGCAGGCAGCAGAACGUUCUCCACAGCGUCUCCAGACUCUGUUACGUCUGUCACGUGUUGGGCUGUAAGCACAACCGCCACCUGUGGACGUCGGGCCCUCAUACCACCCUCAUGGAGUCUGUUUCUGACCGUUUGAGCAGACACAUGCACAUUUGUGGCCUGCUGGAGGUCAUUUUGCAGGGCUCUGGCAGUGCUCCUCCUUGCACAAAGGCGGAGGUAGCAGUCCUGCUGCUGGGUUGUUGCCCUCCUACGGCCUCCUCCACGUCUCCUGAUGUACUGGCCUGUCUCCUGGUAGCGCCUCCAUGCUCUGGACACUACGCUGACAGACACAGCAAACCUUCUUGCCACAGCUCGCAUUGAUGUGCCAUCCUGGAUGAGCUGCACUACCUGAGCCACUUGUGUGGGUUGUAGACUCCGUCUCAUGCUACCACUAGAGUGAAAGCACCGCCAGCAUUCAAAAGUGACCAAAACAUCAGCCAAGAAGCAUAGGAACUGAGAAGUGGUCUGUGGUCACCACCUGCAAAACCAGUCCUUUAUUGGGGGUGUCUUGCUAAUUGCCUAUAAUUUCCACCUGUUGUCUAUUCCAUUUGCACAACAGCAUCUGAAAUGUAUUGUCAAUCAGUGUUGCUUCCUAAGUGGACAGUUUGAUUUCACAGAAGUAUGAUUGACUUGGAGUUACAUUGUGUUGUUUAAGUGUUCCCUUAAUUUUUUUGAGCAGUGUAUUUCUGAUUGAGUCCAUACAUAUACAGAAGUUAUAUAUUUAGCCUCUGUUUAGAUCCUCUUGUACCUUGUCAUUGGGAUAAGCCUGCUGUAGCGUGUCAGACAGCUGCUGAGCUGCUGUUAUCAGUGGAGUUAGAGUCCACCCCUGUGGCUUAGUGGCAUUAGCAUCCUCAUUUGAUGCUAGAGAACCAGGGAGAGGGAUGAGCUGGGCUGAGCAGAGCCUGGGGAAGGACAAGGAGGCAGGGGAGGAGGGCUGAGCACAUGGCGGAGGGUUUGAGCCACUGGCAGACACCUGGGUUCAAGUAGUAUUUGUUAUCUUUCAAAUACUAUGAGGGUUUUAUUGAGCCUGCCUAGAGUGCCAGGUGGGAGGGGCUUGCACUUUUGGGACUAUUCCAUUGGUUCAAUUAUGCCAGGAAACUCGAUCAAGCGCAGCUGAAGGUCACUAUAUAUACAAAGUAUGUGGGCACCCCUUCAAAUUUGUGGAUUCAGCGAUUUUUGUUGCUACACUCACUACCGAGUUCCAAACUGCCUCUGGAAGCAACGUCAGCACAAUAAUUGUUUGUCGGGAGCUUCAUGAAAUUGGUUUCCAUGGCCGAGCAGCAGCACACAAGCCUAAGAUCACCAUGCGCAAUGCCGAACGUCGGCUGGAGUGGUGUAUAUCUCGCCGCCAUUGGACUCAGGAGCAGUGGAAACGCGUUCUCUGGAGUGAUGAAUCACUCUUCACCAUCUGGCAGUCCGACGGACUAAUCUGGGUUUGGCGGAUGCCAGGAGAACACUACCUGCCCCAAUGCAUAGUGCCAACUGUAAAGUUUGGUGGAGGAGUAAUAAUGGUCUGGGCUAGGCCCCUUAGUUCCAGUGAAAGGAAAUCUUAACGCUACAGCAUACAUGACAUUCUAGACUAUUCUGUGCUUCCAACUUUGUGGCAACAGUUUGGGGAAGGCCCUUUCCUGUUUCAGCAUGACAAUGCCCCUGUGCACAAAGCGAGGUCCAUACAGAAAUGGUUUGUCGAGAUUGGUGUGGAAGAACUUCACUGGCCUGCACGGAGCCCUAACCUCAACCCCUUCGAACACCUUUGGGAUGAAUUGGAACGCCGACUGCGAGCCAGGCCUAAUCACCCGACAUCAGUGUCCGAUCUCACUAAUGCUCUUGUGGCUGACUGGAAGCAAUGUUCCAACAUCUAGUAGAAAGCCUUCUCAGAAGAGUGGAGGCUGUUAUAGCAGCAAAGGGGGACCAACUCCAUAUUAAUGCCCAUAAUUUUGGAAUGAGAUGUUCGAUGAGCAGAUGUCCACAUACAUGUAGUGUAUUUAAAGUAUAUAAAACGAAUACUAUUUGAACCCAGGUCUGGCUAAUGCCUCUGCUGUGUAUGCCCUGCGGGCCUGGUUUAUGAUAAGACAGGCCAGGUAGAGAGGAAAACAUUUAGGGAUUUAGGGACAGAGAAGGGGAGAGAAAAUAUUCAGAUGUAGUGUGGGGUGGCAAGUAGCCUAGCGGUUAAGAGCAUUGGGCCAAUAACCAUAACAGUAAUUGCUCCUGUAAGUCGCUCUGGAUAAGAGCGUCUGCUAAAUGACAAAAAUGUGAAAUUGUGUGACGGGCCAUUUUAUUUUUGUCUGGUUUAAUCUCCAGGUUGUUGUCAGGAAUAACGUGUAAUGUCACAGUGGUGGGUAUGUCCAUUAACUAGCAAAUGGAUCUGGAAAAUGUCUCCCCACCAUUUACCACAGGAAAAAGUAGCUAGACUGAGUAUUGUAUUCAGUUUCUGCCUUUUUCUUAGGAUGAGAAAAAUGGGAGAUUGAAGUUUGGGGCUCCAAGGAGUAAUUGCCCGAGCGGUAUUCAUCGAUUCUCUCAGGAUGUCGUUUUGCCCUUUGGGCUGACACAUCGAAUCUUCUCCUUUACUAAAAUGUUUCUUCAUUUUACUACUGUGGGGAAGAGAAAAGAAACAGCCUAUUUAAUAAAGGUCACAGUCUAGAUAGACGAGAAAACAGCAGAAAAAAUCUACUUUUUACCUUAAUAACGACGUUGCCUUCGCUGCUCCACUCAGCCUAUCUGAGGUUGAUGUUCUGUAUUCCCUAGUGUCUGUUUACUGCAGACCAUGACAGAGCCCAAGUCAAAACUUUGUCACAUUAUACUGAUAAACCUAUUCCUCAGUCAGAGGGAAUUUACUGCAUACACAAUGCAUAAUGCUUACUGUUUUUUUAGGACUUGCAAAUUAGAGUCCCUUGACAUUUAUGUAACUAUUUAUUCUUCCUAAUUUAAGCCAAUGACUCAGACCAUAACACACCCAGUCAUAACAUCACAGGUCAUAACAUUACAUUACAUUCAUAACAUUCUACUACACCCAGGGUUGAUAUGCAAUGUGUUUGUUAUAUGACCUGAGGAAGAUCCUUGUGGAUCGAAACGUUGUCAAUAAAGGUGGUAAUUGGGAGCAUAUUCAGUGUGCAGGCCUUUGUUCUUUUCAUGUGAUGAUAUGUCUCAUGAUAUUAACAUUGUUGGGUCAUCUUCCAUCAGGUCUCACACGGGAGAGAGGCCAUACAAGUGUGUCCAGUGCAGUAAGGGCUUUGCUUCCUCAGGGGUGCUGAAGGCCCACAUCCGGACCCACUCGGGCCUGAAGGCCUACAAGUGCCUGAUUUGUGACACCACGUUCACCACCAGCGGCAGCCUGCGCCGUCAUAUGACAACCCACAGCGACAUGCGGCCCUACAUGUGUCCUUACUGCCAGAAGACCUUCAAGUCCUCGCCCAACUGCAGGAAGCACAUGAAGACCCACAGGUUAGUAAUGCUCAUGUGUUGUCGGGCACAUAGUUGUUUCUGGUCAUGUGAUCUGACCAGGAGGAAAGAGGAAGAACUACAGGCCUUAAUUCAGGUCAUGUGAUCAGGAAUACUGGCUAGCGAGAGUGUCGCUCUUCCAAUUGGUUAUUGUCACGUUGCUGAAAUUUGUGUGAAAUUUAAACUUUCUCAACUCUAAAUCUCUAGAUGUCAAAUCUUUCCAUAAAAAAUUGCUGAUUUCUGUUAGUUUUGUAGCUCAAAGUAGUAAACAACCUGAAUCCACCUCCCCAGGUAUGAGUUGGCCCAGCAGCUCCACCAACAGCAGAACCCGGAGCCCUCGCCGCUGGACGACCCCAUGGACGGCACCACCGUGACCCACGACCUGCAGGUGGAGCUGGAAGACGGCACCCUACAGCAGGAGGCUCCUCCCACGGUGGGCUCGGCGCAGCAGGGCAUGCUGGGGCUGGGCCAUGCGCAGGUGGUGGGCGGCGGCCAGCAGGUGUCGCUAGAGACCCAGCUGAGUGACCAGUCCCUGGGACAGGAAGAGGGUAAGAAUGUCAGCGUGUUUGAGGGCAUCAGUUUGGACAAGGCACAGACUCACUGGUCUUGAACACGUAAUAAGUAGUUAUUAGGGACGCAAGGUGAUUUGCAGAUCAGUGAUUCUGUGCAGUCUGACGACAAUAUACUUUGUAGUCGAUCUCGAAAGUAGUCUUUUAAUGUUGAUGCCAACCGUGCCUUAACUUCAUAGGCCUGCUGCCUCGUCCCUCUAACUUUCAUUGGGGAAUCCACCUAGUACUAUAAAGGAUGAUGUGAACCCUUCCCAACAUCAACAGACAGAGAUACAGACUUCCCACUUUCUUCUUGCUCUCCACCCACUCUUGAUCUUAGAUUGUAUUUUUCAUUUGGCCAAUCUACGCUGCAAGGUGUUUCAUUUUCAGGGACAAUGGUUGGCUACAACUGUGUUAGCAAAAAAAGCAAGGAACUGUUGAAUAUGGAAUCUUAUUAAUAUUUUGAAUAGCACAUUUUUCUAAACGGCACUCUUUUAAGAUAGCAAAGGGCAAAAAUCUGGGGUUCUAAAAGAGCACUCAUCUUGUCCGUCUGUAUAACUCCUACAUCUGUAUUCCAAAUAGCGAGUCCAUUUAUUUCACUCUUUCAAUACUUUUUAUCUGUCCAUUACUCAAACGCUAUUUCCAUUCCAAUGCUGGAUUUUCAAAAACCUUCUCUCUUUUGUUACUGAUGCUUUUCUUGGAAUUGGUAUUUCAAAGGGUUUUUCUAUACAAUUAGUUUUUCGAUUCAUCUCAUUAGGAUUCAUGGUGUGUGACUGACGGAACCACCUCCUUGACCUUGUAGCUUUAAUACUUAAAACAGUUCCAACAUAUACUAUAUUUAACCUCAGAACAAAGAGAGAAGAGCAUAGCACAACGAAUGAAACCUGGCCAGAGGUCAAGCUUCAAACCUCAUUAAAAUAGCAACAUGACCCGUUCAACCUCACAAGUUCUUGGUGAGUAAAAGAAAAGGAACUGAAAGAGGGAAGAAAAGAAACUUACCCUAGCUUUACCAUUGUACGUGAUUUAGAUUAGUAUUUGUUCGGUAAAGUCAUUUUUAGAGCUAUCGCAUAAGCCAAUAACAGUUGUAAAAAAGGCUUAAUUGCAUGAGCUAACCCCCGACCCAUUCACAGAGAUAGAGCAUCUUGAUUUGAUUCACUGAUAACUGCGGAGUCAAAUUCUAUGAUAAUCUCUCUGUCUGUCUCUCUCUCUCUCUCUCUCUCUCUCUCUCUCUCUCUCUCUCUCUCGCUCACUCCCACUCCCCCUCUCUCUCGCUCGCUCGCUCGCUCGCUCACUCACUCACUCACUCACUCACUCACUCAUAUAAACCCAACAUGUAAAGUGUUGGUUCCAUGAGCUGAAAUAAAAGAUCCCAGAUUUUUUCCAUACGCACAAAAAACAUAUUUCUCUCAAAUGUUGUGCACAAAUUUGUUUACAUCCCUGUUGGUGAACAUUUCUCCUUUGCCAAGAUAAUCCAUCCACCUGAAAGGUGUGGCAUAUCAAGAAGCUGAUUAAACAGCAUGAUCAUUACAUGCUCAGCACUUUGUACUGAGGACAAUGAAAGGCCACUCUAAAAUGUGCAGUUUUGUCACACAACACAAUGCCACAGAUGUCUCAAGUUUUGAGGGAGCAUGCAAUUGGCAUGCUGACUGCAGGAAUGUCCAACAGAGCUGUUGGCAGAGAAUUGAAUGUUAAUUUCUCUACCAUAAGCCGCCUCCAAUGUUGUUUUAGAGAAUUUGGCAGUACGUCCAACCGGCCUCACAACCGCAGACUACGUGUAACCACUCCAGCCCAGGACCUCCACAUCUGGCUUCUUCACCUACAGGGAUCAUCUGAGACCAGCCACCUGGACAGCUGAUGAAACGGAGGAGUAUUUCUGUCUGUAAUAAAACACUUACUUGAGUAAAUGAGGGAUACAAAGUAUAUUGAAAGCAGUUGCUUCCACACAGAUGUUGUUCCUGAGUUAAUUAAGCAAUUAACACCCUUAGGGUCAUGUAUAAAAGUGCCCAGUUGCCCAUUAUUUUGGUUACCAUCGCUAGAAGAAAAGAUCUCAGUGACUUUCAAAGAGGGGUCUGAAAGAAGCAUUGGGGGGUUUAAAGGGUGUCUCAGUCACCAGAUCCCAACCCAAUUGAACACUUAUCGGAGAUUCUGGAGUGGCGCCUGAGACCGUGUUUUCUACCACCAUUAACAAAUCAUAACAAAUUAUGGAAUUUAUCGUGGAAGAAUGGUGUCGCAUCCCUCCAAUAGAGUUCCAGACCUUUGUAGAAUCUAUGCCAAGGGGCAUUGAAGCUGUUCUGGCUGGUGGUGUUCCAACGCCCUAUUAAGACACUUUAUGUUGGUGUUCCCUUUAUUUUGGCAGUUACCUGUUCAUGUGAACCUUCGAACUAGAAAGUGCCUUGUCAUAUCAAGUUUGCCUCAGUUAAACGCCAAAGAACCGUUGACAUAGAGAGGGCGUCUUGAGUCUACAGGAACGGCCGCCACAAGCCAAAAUUAUGAAUUUUUCUGAAGUCUAAUUUUUUAAAAUAUUUUUCUACAUCUCGGAUGGGGUAGGAUAGUGUGCUUGGUCUCUGCGGUGCCACAUAGAGCUCUUGUCAAAAGUAGUGCACUAUAUAGGGACUAGGGAGCCACUGAGUAUCACAGUGUGUCAGUGACUGGGACUGGGGAGCUUUAAAUAAUAUAAUAUAUAAUAUGCCAUUUAGCAGAUGCUUUUAUCCAAAGCGACUCACAGUCAUGCGUGCAUACAUUUUUGUGUAUGGGUGGUCCCGGGGAUCGAACCCACUACCCUGGUUUUACAAGCGCCGUGCUCUACCAGCUGAGCUACAGAGGACCACAAACAGAGCCAAAGGUCAGCAAACUGGAAUCAGGUUGUUACUCCAGAGGACAAGUCGCCUAUCUGUCUUCUAGAAAGAUCACUAUUGUCAGUGGCAGUCUUAGUGACACUAGAAAAACUAGAGCGCAAAGGAAAAUGGAAAAUGUAGACUUGAUCAGUGACCUUUCUCUCUCUCUCUAGACUCAAACUCAACUUUCACAAUAUACAUUUGAGUUUCAUUUUGCCAGGAAAGACCAUGGAUGUUAGAAACCUCUGUUUGGAGGGUAAUCCUGAAUGCCAUCUGUAAGGUUUGAAUUGAAACACCUUGCAGGGUAGAACUGGCCGAAUAAAACAAUCAAAGAUCAAUAGUCUAUAAUUCCUCUCAGUACAAAAAUCCCCCUGGACUUGCUCUAUGUGAAGCAUUUCUAGUACUCCUGUGCUUUGUGCUUAACAUUCAGCCUGGGUUCCAAAGACAGACAGCAAAUUAAAGAUGAACCCCGAUAUGACUACUGAACCUUGACUUGCUCUCUUCUUGCCGUCUGCGUGCUGUUUUGCUUUAAAGGCCCAGUGCCGUCAAAAACGAGAUUUUCCUGUGCUAUAUACAGUGGGGAAAAAAUUAUUAGUCAGCCCCCAAUUUGUGCAAGUUCUCCCCUAAAAAGAUGAGAGAGGCCUGUCUUUUCGUCAUAGGUACACGUCAACUAUGAAGACAAAAGAAAAAAAAAUCAGAAAAUCACACAAUUGUAAGUUUUUAAUGAAUUUAUUGCAUAUUAUGGUGGAAAAUAAGUAUUUGGGCAAUUAACAAAGUUCUCAUACUUUUGGUUAUACUCCCUUUGUGGUAAUGACACAGGUCAAGUUUUCUGUAAGUCUUCACAAGUUUUCACACAGUGUUGCUGGUAUUUUGGCCCAUUCCUCCAUGCAGAUCUCCUCUAGGGCAGUGAUGUUUUGGGGCUGUCGCUGGGCAACACAGACUUUCAACUCCCUCCAAAGAUUUGCUAUGGGGUUGAGAUCUGGAGACUGGCUAGGCCACUCCAGGACCUUGAAAUGCUUCUUACGAAGCCACUCCUUCGUUGCCCGGGCGGUGUGUUUGGGAUCAUUGUCAUGCUGAAAGACCCAGCCACGUUUCAUCUUCAAUGCCCUUGCUGAUGGAAGGAGGUUUUCACUCGAAAUCUCACAAUACAUGGCCCCAUUCAUUCUUUCCUUUACACGGAUCAGUCGUCCUGGUCCCUUUGCAGAAAAACAGCCCCAAAGCAUGAUGUUUCCACCCCCAUGCUUCAAAGUAGGUAUGGUGUUCUUUGGAUGCAACUCAGCAUUCUUUGUCCUCCAAACACGAUGAGUUGAGUUUUUACCAAAAUGUUAUAUUUUGGUUUCAUCUGACCAUAUGACAUUCUCCCAAUCCUCUUCUGGAUCAUCCAAAUGCAGUCUGGCAAACUUCAGACGGGCCUGGACAUGUACUGGCUUAAGCAGGGGGACACAUCUUUCACUGCAGGAUUUGAGUCCCUGGCGGCGUAGUGUGUUACUGAUGGUAGGCUUUGUUACUUUGGUCCCAGCUCUCUGCAGGUCAUUCACUAGGUCCCCCCGUGUGGUUCUGGGAUUUUUGCUCACCAUUCUUGUGAUCAUUUUGACCCCACGGGGUGAGAUCUUGCGUGGAGCCCCAGAUCGAGGGAGAUUAUCAGUGGUCUUGUAUGUCUUCCAUUUACUAAUAAUUGCUCCCACAGUUGAUUUCUUUAAACCAAGCUGCUUACCUAUUGCAGAUUCAGUCUUCCCAGCCUGGUGCAGGUCUACAAUUUUGUUUCUGGUGUCCUUUGACAGCUCUUUGGUCUUGGCCAUAGUGGAGUUUGGAGUGUGACUGUUUGAGGUUGUGGACAGGUGUCUUUUAUACUGAUAACAAGUUCAAACAGAUGCCAUUAAUACAGGUAAUGAGUGGAGGACAGAGGAGCCUCUUAAAGAAGAAGUUACAGGUCUGUGAGAGCCAGAAAUCUUGCUUGUUUGUAGGUGACCAAAUACUUAUUUUCCACCAUAAUUUGCAAAUAAAUUCAUUAAAAAUCCUACAAUGUGAUUUUCUGGAUUAUUUUUUCUCAAUUUGUCUGUCAUUGUUGACGUGUACCUAUGAUGAAAAUUACAGGCCUCUCUCAUCUUUUUAAGUGGGAGAACUUGCACAAUUGGUGGCUGACUAAAUACUUUUUUUCCCCACUGUAUAUAUAUUUCCACACUAUGACGUUGGAAUAAUAGUGUGAAAAUGAUGGAAAAAGCCCUUUUAGUGUACAAGCUUGAUUUAUUUUUGCUUGAGACAUGUUUCUUUGCUAAGAAGCUACAGUAUUUUUGGUUUUGUUUCUUUUUGACCAUUUUAAUUGAAAACAAUCACGGCUGCAUUGGACCUUUUAAGUGAUUCGUAAUACUUUGGUCUUUAAUUAUACGGUCUACCCAGACUAACCUGCUUUGUUCCUCUGUCUUCUUAUCUCUCCCCCUCUGACUCCAGACAACUUUGUGACUACACAGCAUGCUCUGCCUCAGAACAUUAGCCAGUUUGAGACGCAGACACUCCCGCAGCCUGGCUUUGACCAGCAAGCACUUACUCAAGGUAACUCAUGCACGUACACACAAAAACACACACUGCAUGGUGGUGGCAUACAAACCUUUCCCUCAGUACAUUGAACAAUGUCCGUGAGUUAACCUGGGGUAAAUUAUACACACACACACACACACGUUGGCAGCCCGCGGCUCUCUGAAUCCAGUGUAAUAUACAACUCCAUGGUUGCCUCUGACCUCUGGCUGAGAAGAGCCCAUUUUCAGCGGGGACUGGCAGAAAGCAUCUGCUUGGCACAUCAGAUGUUUAAUUUUCACAGUGGGUAGCCUGACCUUUUUGUCUCAGUGCCGGAUGCAUCCAGCAUCUCUCGCCCACAGCAAUAUGCUCUCCUCCUCCUACAGAGGUGCAUUAAUCUGUAGAACACCAUCUCUUUUGACAGGUUUCCUGCCUCAUCCUAGGCCUCCUAUACUCUCUGUAUAGUUUUGCUAAAGUAAAAAGUUUGACUGACAGCAGGGAGGAUAUCGGUGUGUGUGUGUGUGUGUCUGUGUCUGCAUGCGUGUCUGUUUCUCAUUAGCACGUGUGGUAUUCCACGAGAUGGACUUCUACGCAUUUCCUCUCCUCUCUUGUUCUUUUCAAGAAGGAAAUUAAGGAAUUAUUUGAAAGUUCCUAGAAUGUUUCUCUGCCGUCUGCCAGUAUUUAAUGAAUCGGGACCAUUCAUUCAUGUCAGUGAUUGGAGCUUUAAUGAAUGACUGUGUGGUUCAGAGAGUCCCCUAAUUUACACCCUAAGACAAUCCGACUGGUGGCGUAGGCUCUGCAAGUUUCCUGCACAGUCUUUGUCCAAACACACACACAUGUGUGCACACACACACACGCACAAACACACACACACACAGACACAGACUGGCGGCAUGGGCUCAGUCUGUUAAUGGCGCGUUAUAGGAGGGUGAGCCGUAGCAAUCCUUAAUUAGCUUUUGUUUAACUUUUCCAACCACACUUUUAGCCAUGUCAUGUUUGCAGUAAGUCAUUCAUUAAUCCUCUGACUCUUCUAAUUUUGCAUUUGGCCAAGGCUCUAGCCUCUAGCCAGAUAUACAGGGUUAACUCGUUGCGUGCUGUGGUGCUGAAUGCAUCUCCUGUUGAGAAGUGUGAAGUUUAUCCAUAAUAGGCUUUUCAAAUCCACUUCUAUCUGUGUCAUCAAUUAGUCUAUUCUAAGGUGCAAUGUGUGUACCAGUGGAGGCUUGCGGGGGGAGAAAUCAGAGGACGGGUUCCUGGAAUUAAAAUGAAUGGAACGGUAUCCUUUACAGCCAUGACAAUGUGCCCGUCCUUCGAUUUCAAGCCUCCACAUGUGUAUACAUCCUCCUUUUAGAGUUGCUAGGGUCCCUUAAGUUCUCAUACAGGGUUAACCCUUUGUAUGCUCUAGCGCUGACUGUACCCCUGUGUGUCCUCCUGCAGGUUUCACCAUCACCGCAGAGGGCUAUGCCCAGGCCCAGUUCUCCACAGUGCAGCAGCUACAGGACUCCAGCACCCUAGAGUCUCAGGCUCUGUCCUCCAGCUACCACCCCCAGAACCUGCUCCAUGUGCCCAGCCAAGAGGCGGUGAGUCCUGCACCGUCAGCCUCUACCUCCACACCUUCCACAGGGGACUUCCAUCUCACCGUCAUAGCGUGGCCUUGGCUCUAUGUAGAGUAGAGGUUGCAAAAUUUCCCCAAAGUUCUCAGGAAACCCUUCCAUAGCGAUUUCCGAAAAAACCAGGGAAUUAUCAAAUUGUAUUUAUCACAUGCAUCGAAUACAACUGGUGUAGACUUUACAGUAGAAUGCUUGCUUACGAGUAAAAAAAAUAUAUAGGAAUCAAAUAAAAUACACAAGAAUGGAGCUAUAUACAGGGAGUACCAGUACCAGAUCAAUGUGCAGCGGUAUGAGGUACUUGAGGUAGAUAUGUACAUGAAGGCAGGGUAAAGUAAAUAGGCUUCCAUAUAGAUAAUAAGAAGAAUAAAGAACAGAGUAGCAGCAGCAAAUGAUGAGUGGAAAAGUGUGUGUGCAUAUGUUUGUGUUGUGUAGGUAUGUGUGUGUGUGUGUGUGAGUAUGCAGUGUUUGAAUGUGUGAGGGAUUUGUGUGGGAGUGACAGUGUAGUGUGUGUGUGUGUGGUGUGUGUGUGUGUAUAUAAAUUCUAGUGAGUGUGCGUAGGGUCAGUGUAAGAUAGAGUCAGUGCAGAUAGUUUGGGUAUCAUUAAUUGCCUAUUUAGCAGUCUGGCUAUUUAGUAGUCAUAUGGCUUGGGGGUAGAAGCUGUCUCGGAGCCUAUUUGCCACUCUAAUUUAGCGGGUGUUCUAUCAAGCCAAAAACGGCUGAAUUAAAUGUUGCUUGUGAAUAAAUUCAACCUUAAGUAGUCAGUUCACAUAGAUUGAAUAGCAUAUUGUCAAGUAGUUCUUUUGUAGUCAGUGAUUAAUCACAAUGUAGUUAAUUAACGGUUGCAUGUAUUUCUGUUUAGACGAGUGGCUUGCUCCAGGAAACUAGCCAAGGAGACCUCCAGCUGUCCGACCAGACACAAGACUACCAAGACCCAGACGACAGCGAGGACAACAGCAAGAGGGCUUACAGGUGUGUGUGUCUGUGUGGACACGUGUGUGUGUGUCAUGUGUCUGUGUGUGUGUGUGUGUGUGUGCAUGUGUUUAUGUGUGUCUGGUGUGGCUCAGUUGGUAGAGCAUGGCGCUUGCAAUGGUUGUGGGUUCAAUUCCCACGGUGAACAGUACAAAAAGAAAAUGAAUGGUAUGAAAUAUGUAUGCACUCACUACUGUAAGUCGUUUUGGAUAAGAGCGUCUGCUAAAUGACUAAAAUGUAAAUGUGUGUGAGAGCGAGCCUAUGACUUUCUGCAAGUAAUAGAUGCAUUUACUUUCUGUCAUUGAGGUUCCCUGCUCGUCAGCAGAUAACACUGUUAUGCACCAUUAUCAACAGUUGUGCUGUAGGGCUGUAGCCAGCAUUAGCAGUCGACACAGAGGAAUGCAAAGCUACGAUAACGCUAUCAGAAUCUCUCCACCGUCGCUGUCAUUGUCUCCUGAUACAGUGACAAUUUUGAGUGCGACACACAUCAUAUUCAGGUCUUUAGAAUCAAGCUAUUUUUUAUCCUACCCACCAAGUAAUCACUUGUUAUUCACACCACCGCGCAACAAUCCCGCUAAUACAGUCAGUCUUCGUCUCCUUCUUUCUAAAGCCUUUUGUUAAGUUCCUCGAAGCCCCACUACCGCUAGCUUUCAGUUUGUUUAUUUAGAAUUUGCUCAACUAAAUAACUGUGUCCCAAAUGGCACCGUAUUCCCUAUCUUGUGCACUACUUUCGACCAGGGCCCAUAGGUUGCCAUUUGCGAAGCAGCCAAUGAGUUAACUCUGCUUGCUUCCUGUCUGUAAAGGUGACUGUGGUAGCUUGUGUUGCUACAAGCUCUUCGUUUUCUAACUAACUUGUGCGUCAGAUGUAGCAGAGGACACUAGUCACUGAUGGAAACAGAGAGUGGGACGACAAGGGGACUGAGUAAUGUGUCAUGCUUUUAUUCAGCUCUCCCUCUGUUGUUCCCCAUGGCACUCAGAACGGAUGCAAAAAAAAAAAAUGUAUAUUACAAAAUCCCUACCACGUCAGCACACAAUGUAUUAUUAGUGCCUAUCUAGGAUGAAACAGCUAGCGGAAUAGACAAACCAAGAGAAAGGAGGACAUCAAUUAGAUAGAUAUGGAAAGGGGAUGUGUAUUUGAGAUUGUAAACUACUGAACUUUCAGAUAUAACACAGAUGUAAUCAAGAAAAGUGUUGUGCAGCCUUACACAUUGAGAAUGGAUUAGUGUGUGGUAUAGUGUGACAUCAGUUUUGGUCUAAUGCUCUGUAUGGAGUCCUGUAUAUGUAUCAACAUUAGACUCCACAUUCUGUUUAGCUAAGUACACAGAUACACCUCAUAUCUGUGGGGAGAUAAUCUCUCUUUGUCUCAUUCCAAAGGCCGUGCAGACACAGUGAGGGAAAAUAGUAUUUGAUCCCCUGCUGAUUUUGUACGUUUGCCCACUGACAAAGAAAUUAUCAGUCUAUAAUUUUAAUGGUAGGGUUAUUUGAACAGUGAGAGACAGAAUAACAACAAAGAAAUCCAGAAAAACGCAUGUCAAAAAUGUUAUACAUUUAUUUGCAUUUUAAUGAGGGAAAUAAGUAUUUGACCCCUCUGCAAAACAUGACAUAGUACUUGGUGGCAAAACCCUUUGUUGGCAAUCACAGAGGUCAGACGUUUCUUGUAGUUGGCCACCAGGUUUGCACACAUCUCAGGAGGGAUUUUGUCCCACUCCUCUUUGCAGAUCUUCUCCAUGUCAUUAAAGGUUUCGAGGCUGACGUUUGGCAACUCAAACCUUCAGCUCCCUCCACAGAUUUUCUCUGGGAUUAAGGUCUGGAGACUGGCUAGGCCACUCCAGGACCUUAAUGUGCUUCUUCUUGAGCCACUCCUUUGUUGCCUUGGCCGUGUGUUUUGGGUCAUUGUCAUGCUGGAAUACCCAUCCACAACCCAUUUUCAAUGCCCUGGCUGAGGGAAGGCGGUUCUCACCCAAGAUUGGGUGGCCCCGUCCAUCGUCCCUUUGAUGCGGUGAAGUUGUCCUGUCCCCUUAGCAGAAAAACACCCCCAAAGCAUAAUGUUUCCACCUCCAUGUUUGACGGUGGGGAUGGUGUUCUUGGGGUCAUAGGCAGCAUUCCUCCUCCUCCAAACACGGCAAGUUGAGUUGAUGCCAAAGAGCUCCAUUUUGGUCUCAUCUGACCACAACACUUUCACCCAGUUCUCCUCUGAAUCAUUCAGAUGUUCAUUGGCAAACUUCAGACGGGCAUGUAUAUGUGCUUUCUUGAGCAGGGGGACCUUGCGGGCGCUGCAGGAUUUCAGUCCUUCACGGCGUAGUGUGUUACCAAUUGUUUUUUUGGUGACUAUGUGACUUUUGCUGCCUUGAGAUCAUUGACAAAAUCCUCACGCGUAGGUCUGGGCUGAUUCCUCACCGUUCUCAUGAUCAUUGCAACUCCACGAGGUGAGAUCUUGCAUGGAGCCCCAGGCAGAGGGAGAUUGACAGUUAUUUUGUGUUUCUUCCAUUUGCGAAUAAUCGCACCAACUGUUGUCACCUUCUCACCAAGCUGCUUAGCGAUGGUCUUGUAGCCCAUUCCAGCCUUGUGUAGGUCUACAAUCUUGUCCCUGACAUCAUUGGAGAGCUCUUUGGUCUUGGCCAUGGUGGAGAGUUUGGAAUCUGAUUGAUUGCUUCUGUGGACAGGUGUCUUUUAUACAGGUAACAAGAUGAGAUUAGGAGCACUCCCUUUAAGAGUGUGCUCCUAAUCUCAGCUCGUUACCUGUAUAAAAGACACCUGGGAGCCAGAAAUCUUUCCGAUUGAGAGGGGGUCAAAUACUUAUUUCCCUCAUUAAGAUGCAAAUCAAUGUAUACAAUUUUUGACAUGCGUUUUUUUCUGGAUUUCUUUGUUGUUAUUCUGUCUCUCGCUGUUCAAAUAAACCUACCAUUAAAAUUAUAGACCGAUCAUGUCCUUGUCAGUGGGCAAACGGAAAAAAAUCAGCAGGGGAUCAAAUACUUUGUUCCCUCACUGUAGUGGUGGAGCUUUAUCACAUAACUCACAAUUACUCACACCUUACAAACAGAAAGCACAAACAGAGGCCAUAGGGCUGAGUUAGUGACCUUUCUUUUCAAUUAUUCCACUCUUCACAAACAGUCUGAUGUACUUUUAUAAACUGCAACUUGCUUUGUGAAUCGCUGGUGGAACUUUCAAAUGAUUCCUGUUGUCAGUAUUGUUCACUGAUGAUUUGUGACUUUUGAUAGGAGCUUUAUUGAUACACAUGUCAUUGACAGAAACAGACAGUCUCUAUUAUAUCAUGGUCGUGUUCAUUAGGGCACGCAAUGGAAAAUGUUUAGCAAAUGAGUGUUUCCUGUUGGUAGUCAGUUAGUCCCUCCCUGUUUUAGUCUGUUUUCUUCUGUUUGAUUCCUAAGGAACACGACCUGUGUGUUUGAUUCCCCCCAGGUGCAGCAUGUGUAAUAAACCUUUUAAGAAGUCCAGCCAUCUGAAGCAACACGUGCGCUCCCACACCGGAGAAAAACCCUACUGCUGCAACAUUUGUGGCCGAUGCUUCGUCUCAGCAGGGGUCCUCAAGUCCCACCUCAACACACACACAGGUAAGAACAGUGUACCUCAACACUGCCUGCAUAGUUAAAAUAGCACGCUAUUUAUCUCGCCGACCCAGACUCACGCCUCUCGUAGGACAGCAAAGUGCUUCAUUUGACGAAUUCUGUUCGUUCACGUACGACCGUCAAAUGUCUAUUUCUCUCUCGCGGCUGAGCAACUGGGUUGUGGAGAGAAAUACUAUAGCCACAAAUUCUUUGGGAAACCCAAACCUUAUUGGUCAACACACUGAUGAAACAUAUUAUUAUUUUUCUUUCCAUCUCUCUUGCUCCCUCUCCUAGGAGUGAAGGCCUAUAGGUGUAACGUGUGUGACAGCUCCUUCACCACCAACGGCAGUCUGAACCGCCACAUGGUCGUUCACCUGAAGCCCUACAAGUGUCACAUGUGUGAGGACAGCUUCCGCACCAGCGUGCUGUAUAGGAGGCACAUGAAGAAAGAACACGCCGAAGUGGACAGAGGUACAGACAUAGGGUGCGUCCCAAUAAUAUCUCCUUUCUCCUAAAAAUUGUGCAUUCGUUCACUACUUCCCACGAAUCUAAAAGCAUUGGAUUGGUGGAGGUAUGGGCUAGUAGGAGUUUCUAUGCUAUUUCGUAUUUCCUUCCAAAUCAGUGAAGGGAAGUGAACAAGUGCACACUUAGGGAGAAAGGAGAGGUAUUUGGGACAUGGCCAUAGAGAUAUACACUAGUGGCUAGUGUCAUAGAUCUGUUUAGCUCUAGAUUUUGCUGAUAAUGGCAGCCAUAUUGGUCAGUUUUCUAUUUAAUUAUAUAGGUACAGAGAUACAGUAUAUACAAAAGUAUGUGGACACCCCUUCAAAUUAGUGGAUUUGGCUAUUUCAGCCACAUCCUUUGCUGACAGGUGUAUAAAAUCAAGCACACAGCCAUGCAAUCUCCAUAGACAAACAUUGGCAGUAGAAUGGCCUUACAGAAGAGCUCAGUGACUUUCAAUGUGGCACCGUCAUAGGAUGCCACCUUUCCAAAAAGUCAGUUUGUCAAAUUUCUGCCCUGCUAGAGCUGCCCCGGUCAACUGUAAGUGCUGUUAUUGUGAAGUGGAAACUUCUAGGAGCAACAACGGCUCAGCCACGAAGAGGUAGGCCACACAAGCUCACAGAACGGGAGCGCCUAGUGCUGAAGUGCGUAGGCUUUUAAAAUCGUCUGUCCUUGGUUGCGACACUCAUUACCGAGUUCCAAACUGCCUCUGGAAGCAACGUCAGCACAAUAACUGUUCGUCGGGAGCUUCAUGAAAUUGGUUUCCAUGGCCGAGCAGCCGCACACAAGCCUAAGAUCACCAUGCGCAAUGCCAAGCGUUGGCUGGAGUGGUGUAAAGCUCGACCGCCAUUGGUCUCUGGAGCAGUGGAAAUGCGUUCUCUGGAGUGAUGAAUCACGCUUCACCAUCUGGCAGUCCGAUGGACGAAUCUGGGUUUGGUGGAUGCCAGGAGAACGCUACCUGCCCCAAUGCAUAGUGCCAACUGCAAAGUUUGGUGGAGGAAGAAUAAUGGUCUAGGGGCUGUUUUCAUGGUUCGGGCUAGGCCCCUUAGUUCCAGUGAAGGGAAAUCUUAACGCUACAGCAGACAAUGGCAUUGUAGACGAUUCUCUGCUUCCAACUUUGUGGCAACAGUUUGGGGAAGGCCCUUUCCUGUUUCAGCAUGACAAUGCCCUUGUGCACAAAGCGAGGUCCAUACAGAAAUGGUUUGUUGAGAUCGGUGUGGAAGAACUUGGCUGGCCUGCACAAUGCCCUGACCUCAACCCCAUCGAACACAUUUGGGAUGAAUUGGAAUGCCGACUGCGAGCCAGGCCUAAUCGCCCAACAUGCUCUUGUGGCUGACUGGAAGCAAGUCCCCUCAGCAAUGUUCCAAUAUCUAGUGAAAAGCCUUCCCAGAAGAGUGGAGGUUGUUAUAGCAGCAAAGGGGGGACCAACUCUAUAUUAAUGCCCAUGAUUUUGGAAUGAGAUGUUUGACAAGCAGGUGUCCACAUACUUUUGGUCAUGUAGUGUAUACUCUGUAGAGAUAUACACUUUUUAAAAAUGUACUUUUGCACAUUUUGUCAGAAAAGUGAGGGUAAAAUGAGAUUCGGCUUUCUUGAAGUUUUAUGUGGAUUUUGACAGCAAGGUAAUAUACACAAUUUUCAGUUUGGCCCGCCAGACCUCUGCGAAGAUAGGUUUGACCCAGGCAAAAUGAGUUUGACACCCCUGGAAAAAGGCAAUUAGCCAUGAUUACAUAAAAGGUAAAGCAGACCUGGGUCACAUACGAUUUCCAAAUAUUUGAAAUAUUUGAUUUAGCCUGCUUCCAUAUAGUUUGGAUAUUACUUUUGGUAAUAUUCUAUUUAAUUAUAUUCUGCCUGACAAGCUUAUAUUGACAAGCAGCAAUGAUUUAAAAUACAUCUGAAAUGGGGUCAUGGACGUGAUGUUGAGUGACACUCAAGGAGCAUGUGUAUCCUUUCCUCUUAUAAUGUGUCUCUCCCCUCGCAGGCCUGGAGGAUGAGGACGGCGAGGAGGAAGAGGAGGGCGAGCAGACCGUGAUGAAGAGGAACCGGGCCAACAUCAUAACCUUCACGGAGGAGCAGGCGGAGGAGCUGGCCAAGAAUGACCCUGGUGACGAGGCGUCAGUGUCUGAGAAGGUGCUGGCCCAGUCGGCGGCGGAGCGCGACCGCAUCAGCGAGAUCAAGGACAAGGCGGUGGAGCUGGAGACUGAGCCCAAGUUUGCCAACUGCUGUAACUUCUGCCCCAAGAGCUUCAAGAAGCCCAGCGACCUCGUCAGGUGAUCUGAGUGUCAGAGAACUGUCUCCCUCUGUCCCGUACUCUCUUAUAUGCUCUUUCUCACUCUCUCUUCAUCGAGUUUCUGUCUCUCUUUCUCUGUCCCAUACUCUUUAUGUUUUUUCUGACGUUCUCUGCAUCUACUUUCUGUCUCUCACUCUCUCUGUCCUAUUCAGGGCCUGAUACUAACUUUUCGGUCCACCAGCCACUGUGGCAGGUAGAUUUAGAAAUCGACCAGCCACUAAUUACACCAAAACCUCCCCCAAAAAACGGAUGAGCAUGCUUCUAAAACAAGAAAUGUAUUACUAGUAAGAAGUGAUGUGGUAUAUUGCCCGAUGCUAUUUCAUUUUUAAAAAUCAAAAUAUCACAGAUGAGACAAGAAUGUUCAGCUGCCCCUUUAAAGGAAAGAUUCACCCAUUUUGAAUGUUAUAUUGUUUUUAUGCAUCUCUGAGCGAUGUUCUAUCGAUUCCCUGGGUCGUUUCAUGUGUCUGUGUUAUUACCGUUCAAGCAGGCAGAAAUUCGGCUGGUAUGAAGCAUCUCACUACACUAAAGGUUAAUAGGAAUAUUGCUUUUAGAUCACAAAAACAUCUAUCCUACAUGUCAAAUUUCAAGACUGGCCGAUGUCAUAACGCGGGAGGUUGUCUUCGAAUGAGCCAUUGAUCAUGUUUUUGCGACAUUCCUACCUCAAGAAAUGUGUAAUUUAACAGAGGGUCUAGCACAUUUCUCCUAUUUGUCUGCCUCUUCAGUCCAGGGUGCCAUUGCGAAUGUCAGACAACACUCUGUUAGGCACAUCGAUCUGCAGGUUGAACAUGGUGAGAUUGUAGACUUCUAAAUUGAUAGUGCAGUUUGUUUAGGCGAUUUUACAGCUAACUAGCUACUUCACAUGCUGAUGUUGACUUUGGUUUUAUUGUGUGUAGCUACGUUUGCUAGCUAGCCAGCCCUUACAGAGAGCAUUGCAUUGUGGGUUUUGUAGAGGACUUGAGCUGCAACAAAUUUCCACAACGAUUUUCACAUGUUGGUACCAACCUUAUUAAAACGCUAAAAUAAAACAUUUCUUCACAAAAAAUAUUGUUCUCACAUAAUAUUGUUAUUUAACACUGUAAAUUAUAGGAAUGAGUGAUUUUGUGUGUUUUUUUUUCCUUUGAUGGAGGUUACCAUGGCAACCAGGGCAGUCUAGCUGCUCAGAGUCUAGGGCGCGUUCAUAAAUUUACUCUGGCUAUCUACUCCGAUUUCAGAGCACUCUCGUCUGAGUGUGCCAGAGCGCAGAAUAACUGAUGAAUUUACGAAAGGUGCCAGUAAACGUCGGCAAAAAAGCGUAAUUAAAUUGUUGCCAGCAUCACAGUUAGUCACCAACAUUCUAGAUAACAUGAAAACAGCCUAUCCACCUCUGCUAGGGCGAGUCAAAUGGUCAGAGUGAGGAGUCCUCUGGCACUCCAAUUUACGAAUACACCCCUAGUCAUAACAGUGUGCCUGUGAGGUACAGAAUCUGACUAGAAGCCUAUGUGUCUUUGCUAGCAGUUGACGCAAACUCUAGCAUUGAAAAACAACCUAGUUUGUGAACAAAGCAAUGUAAAUAGCCAAGAAACACAAGUCUCACUUUAGUAGACUUUCGAGUAAAUUAGACCAACUUUUAUGCCUGUGCGCAGCGCUUCUAAAAAUGAGACUUCUUCAGCAGUUCAAUCACAGUGUACACAGCUCCCAAGCCAGGCAGUGUUGCUGCGUUUAGCGCUAGGUGGGAUAUUAGCUACCAGCUAUGAAACAAAACGACAGAAACACUUUGAAAACAGCUACUGCAGCAUUUAUUUUGCUAUAAAUGUGCUCGUACUUUACUUCUAACUCUAUUUUUAAUCGCAAAUGCGAGUGAAACGCUUGCACCGUGGAGCCCUGAUCAACCGCCAACGUGACUGGUGAAAUAGACAUGGCGGGUGUUAAUUUUAGGCCCUGGUCCUAUUCCCCCUCAUGCUCUGACUCUGAGCAACUCAGACUCUCUCUGUGUCUCUGAAUAUCUUGCUCUUGGGGUUAAAGUUUCCCCCACCUCUCCACACCUCUGAGCUCUUUGAGAGGGGCUCCUCUCUGUAGUCAGGUUCAGGUGCAGUCCACCCCAUGUGCCUCUACUUCCAUCUCCAUCUCCAUCUCCAUCUCUCUCUCUCUCUCUCUCUCUCUCUCUCUCUCAUCUCUCAUCUCCAUCUCACUCACUCACUCACUCACUCACUCACUCACUCACUCAUCUCACUCACUCACUCCUCACUCACUCUCUCACUCACUCACUCACUCACUCACUCACUCACUCACUCACUCACUCACACACACACACACACAUAUAUGAUUGUCUUUCCCAUCGGUUGAAGAGUUACCUUGUCAUUCCAGCCGCCCUCUACUCCCGGACCUCUCAAAGAGCAAUGCCCAGCUCAUUGUCAGCCCCUAAAUAACCCACUAUGCCCUUCCUAUUAUCCCAGAAGAGCCCUCCACUACAAAGAACCCAAUUACAUGGUCCUGAACAGGCUCCACACUGCAGCCCUGACCCAACCUCUCUCCCAGAAGAAGAGUCCUCCUCCCAGUCACUACAACAGUUUCCACUGCAGGCCUAUUUUCUGCACUGCUCUGAGAGGGGCUCCACAAUAGACCCUAUCUGAAGUUAUUAACACAGCCAACAGCACUCACAGGCUGGCUGGCUGGCUGACAGGGUUAGUAUUAGUGGGGUGCUUAUCACCUGCCAAUACACACACAUGUUUACUGGUGAGUUAAUUUGUGAGAUCACUGCCAAACAAGCUGUUAAACAGCCGAUUUAGAUUUGUAUCUCCCCUGUAAAUAUGAUUGUGGCGCUGGAGAAAUGAGUUGUUUCCCUCUUCAUUUUCUUCUCGUUUGACACUAGUGUUCCACCGGUGUGUGAACAGUGUGUGACAGGCAAACUGUUUCUUAAAGCGUCAAUCUGCAGUUCAAACAAUAACACAGCGGUCCCCCAUCGCUGUUUGGGUAAACAGCUGAGUGAUUGUGCUGGAGAAAUGUAACCACUCUCAAAUUCAUAGAAAGAGGUAUGGAUGCAAGGACUGACCAUCCAUGAUUACAAAUGCAUAUUUGUAAUCAUGUUUUGAGGCUAUACAGUGUUUGUUUACAACUGCAUUGUUUACAAACAAUGGAGUAAAGCAAUGUUAUAUUUUGGGUUCUGAUGGGGUACGACAGUUGAACUAAGCUCAUGAGUCGUACGUUAUAUUCUUCAAAAAUCAAUGGGUAUAUAUAAAUCCAUGAGUAUAUAUCAUAUGUAGCAAUCACAGAUUUCCCCUUUAAAGAAUGAUGCCUCCGCUAUACUUGAGCUGAGUGAGGAGAGGUAUGAUCUAGUUUGACAGCUGGAAUUGUCCCAUCAUUUUACGGUCAUCUUGGAAGAAGAAGAAAAAAGACUGCUAUGAAAUGGAGAGAGGUGCCAUAUCAACAGCUAAUUUCUUUAGUACAGUGUUUCGGGCAGUAACUUUCAGUUACUUUCGGUCCAUCGUUCAUUGCCACCCGAGCAUAAAACGUUCCGCUGCCAAGAGAAUAGGUUCCGCUGAAAUUAACUCUGGUUUUAUUGGACCAUAAAAGUUUGGUUGCAAUUAAUGGCGAGGAAUAUUUGAUUGGGGUAAUAUAUUAAGUAAUGAUCAUUAUGGCUUCCUCAAACUUCCCCCUGGCGACCAGCCAUAACUCCAGGCCAUAUUGAAGUAUUUAUGGGAAGGCUUAGUUUUUAAUUUCAGAAGUUCUUCUAAAGUAGCCUAAUUAUGGAGUCACUAAGCCUGCCAAAAACAAGGGGAAACGACAGCAACACCCCAGGGAUGGCUGCUACAAAGAUAUAUUCACUUCAUUUCAUGGUGCUCUUUUAUCAAAAACAAGAAAGCUAACGUGUUUUUAAAUGGCUCCCGAGUGGCUGCAUCUCAGUGCUAGAGGCGUCACUACAGACCCUGGUUUGAUUCCAGGCUGUAUCUGAUUGGUAGUCCAAUAGGGCGGCGAACUAUUGGCCCAGCAUCAUUUUGCUUUGUCAGCAAAAAAUAAAAUAUUUAAAAAUAAACGUGUCCUCGCUCAGGGAGACUCAGGGAGACCUAACAAAGUUCCCUAAUACAUAUUAAAAACAAAGAACAAAGUUAUAUGAGGGAGUAAACUAAUAAUUUUGCUGAGUCAAUGGCCUUGUGCCUGAAAACCUUGCAGAUUCAAGUUCAGAAGAGAAGAAGUCCUUGGUAAGCACAAAGCAUGCUAAAUGAAAAUAGGAAAACAUCAGAAUGGCCGCAGGUGAUAAAUGCAUUGUGUUGCACUGUAUUUUUUAUGAAAAGAAUGUGAACCUUCUUUUAAUUUAACUUCUUUUAAUUCAUUAUUAAACUCUGAAACUUAACCUAAAGCAUUCCCUUAACACUCUCUCCAUUCUAACAGGAAUGUUCAUGAGUAACUUUGUCUCUCUCUCUCUCUCUCUCUCUCGCGCUCUCUCUCCCUCCCUCCCUCCUCUCUCUCUCUUUAGACAUAUCCGGAUCCACACAGGAGAGCGUCCUUACAAGUGUGACGAGUGUGGGAAGAACUUCACAGUGAAGUCCACCUUGGACUGCCACAUAAAGACCCACACAGGUCAGUGUGUAGUGCACAGUGUGUACUCCCAACUCCAUCUGAUCAGAUGGAGUGGGAUGGAUCCGAGGAAAUACAGUAGGAGGGAACAUUAGUUAAAAUGCCACCGUUGGAGUAGCGUAGGCUGAUCUUUCCCUAAUUAAUUAGUUUAAGUGACGUUUGGGUUGUUACUACAUUAGCUACAAUAUGUUCUCAAUAUGAUCCAACUCUGUGGGUGUGGAGUGCACUUUGAUCCACAAUUUAAGAGUUAUAUUAUGUAAAUCAAUCAGUAAAUGCCGUGUAAGAGGAUCCGUACUCAAAAACAAGAGAGUUUAUAAAUUCUUGGAUGCGUAUUCCUAAUUUAUUAUGAAGAAUAUUUCAAUCCGCCUCAUUUGCAUGUCUUAUCAUCUAACGGCGCCGUGGUGUCACGCCAUGGCUCUGGGGACUCUUAUAUGUUGAGCCAGGGUGUUAGUUUAUAUGUGUAGUGUCUAUGUUUUGUUUUCUAUGUGUUCUUUUCUAGAUCGUGUGUUUCUGUGUUGGCCGGGGUGGUUCCCAAUCGGAGGCAGCUGUGUCUUGUUGUCUCUGAUUGGGAACCAUACUUAGGCAGCCUGUUGUGCACUUGUCAUUUGUGGGAUCUUGUUCCGGAGAGGUUUGUGUUUUGUUAACCUUAGGACUUCACGUAUCGUUCUGUUGUUUUGUUAUUGUUGUAUAAGUACUCAUUAAAAGAUGUACGCAUUUCACGCUGCGCCUUGGUCCACUCAUUACGACGAUCGUGACAGAAGAUCCCACCAUAACAGGACCAAGCAGCGUGUCCAGGCUGGAAUGGAUCGCCGUCCGUGGGAGGAGACGGUGAAGGCGUGCCAUAGAGAGGAGCAGCAGCGCCAACCGUGCCGACGUCGGACACGCAAGAGGCAACCCCAAUAAAAAAUUUUGGGGGGGCACACGGCAUAGACGACGGGGCUGCUGGAGGCAGCUACAGGGCGAGUUUGUGGAUUAGGAGAGGAGGCCACCGGGUUUAGGGGGCUGGAAGGGAGGUUGGCGGAGCCUAGAGGGAGAGCAGAGCCAACUCCCCGUACUCAGGCUAGGCAGCGUGAGACUGGGCAGGUUCCGAGGUAUGCGGAGCUGCGUACUGUACCGCGAGUGGUCCGGCACAGUCCUGUACGUCCUGUGCUAGCACCACGCACGUGUCGUGCUAAGGUGGGCAUGCAGCCAGGACGGAGUGUGCCGGCUCAACGCUCGUGGCCUCCAGUACCCCUCCUCGGUCCCGGAUAUCCUGCGCCAGUGCCACGUGCUGUAGUGCCAGUACAAGUACACAGCCCUGUACGUCCUGUGCUGAUGCCUCACACAGAGUGUGUAAAAAUAGGCAUUCAGCCAGGGCGGGUUGUGUCAGCUCUUCGCUCCAGACCUCCAGUCCGUCUCCACAGCCCGGUCCGGCCUGUUCCUGUUCCCCGCACCAAGCCUGUGGUGCGCGUCGCCAGCCCGGCCCGGCCUGUUCCUGCUCCCCGCACCAAGCAUGUGGUGCGCAUCGCCAGCCCUGACCGGCCUGUUCCUGCCCCUCGCACCAAGCCUGUGGUGCGCGUCGCCAGCCCGGCCCGGCCUGUUCCUUCUCCUCGCACCAAGCCUGUGGUGCGCGUCGCCAGCCCGGCCCGGCCUGUUCCUGUCCCUUGCACCAAGCCUGUAGUGCGCGUCGCCAGCCCGGCUCGGCCUGUUCCUGCUCCCCGCACCAAGCCUGUGGUGCGCGUCGUCAGCCCGGUCCGGCCUGUUCCUGCUCCCCGCACCAAGCCAGUGGUGCGCGUCGUCAGCCCGGUUCGGCCCGUUCCUGCUCCCCGCACCAAGCCAGUGGUGCGCGUCGUCAGCCCGGUCCGGCCCGUUCCUGUUCCCCGCACCAAGCCAGUGGUGCGCGUCGCCAGCCCUGUCCGGCCCGUCCCUGCUCCCCGCACCAAGCCUGUGGUGCGCGUCGUCAGUCCGGCACAGCCCGUGCCUGUUUCACCGGUGCUCCACACCGGAGCCUAAGCAAUCCGCUCCACCGAUGUCCAGGCCAGCUCCAGCCAGCGGGACCAGACCAGGGGCGCUACGGGGGGGUAGUUAGAGGGUGGUGGUCACGCCCGGAGCCGGAUCCGCCUCCGAGGCGGAAUGCCCACCCGGCCCCUCCCCUGUUGGGUUUAGUUGGCGCGGUCGCAGUCCGCGCCUUUGGGGGGGGUACUGUCACGCCCUGGCUCUGGGGACUCUUAUAUGUUGAGCCAGGGUGUUAGUUUAUAUGUGUAGUGUCUAUGUUUUGUUUUCUACAGUGAGGGAAAAAAGUAUUUGAUCCCCUGUUGAUUUUGUACUUUUGAACAGUGAGAGACAGAAUAACAACAAAAAAAAUCCAGAAAAACGCAUGUCAAAAAUGUUAUAAAUUGAUUUGCAUUUUAAUGAGGGAAAUAAGUAUUUGACCCCUCUGCAAAACAUGACUUGUUGGCAAUCACAGAGGUCAGACGUUUCUUGUAGUUGGCCACCAGGUUUGCACACAUCUCAGGAGGGAUUUUGUCCCACUCCUCUUUGCAGAUCUUCUCCAAGUCAUUAAGGUUUCGAGGCUGACGUUUGGCAACUCGAACCUUCAGCUCCCUCCACAGAUUUUCUAUGGGAUUAAGGUCUGGAGACUGGCUAGGCCACUCCAGGACCUUAAUGUGCUUCUUCUUGAGCCACUCCUUUGUUGCCUUGGCCGUGUGUUUUGGGUCAUUGUCAUGCUGGAAUACCCAUCCACGACCCAUUUUCAAUGCCCUGGCUGAGGGAAGGAGGUUCUCACCCAAGAUUUGACGGUACAUGGCCCCGUCCAUCGUCCCUUUGAUGCGGUGAAGUUGUCCUGUCCCCUUAGCAGAAAAACACCCCCAAAGCAUAAUGUUUCCACCUCCAUGUUUGACGUGGGGAUGGUGUUCUUGGGGUCAUAGGCAGCAUUCCUCCUCCUCCAAACACGGCGAGUAGAGUUGAUGCCAAAGAGCUCGAUUUUGGUCUCAUCUGACCACAACACUUUCACCCAGUUCUCCUCUGAAUCAUUCAGAUGUUCAUUGGCAAACUUCAGACGGCCCUGUAUAUGUGCUUUCUUGAGCAGGGGGACCUUGCGGGUGCUGCAGGAUUUCAGUCCUUCACGGCGUAGUGUGUUACCAAUUGUUUUCUUGGUGACUAUGGUCCCAGCUGACUUGAGAUCAUUGACAAGAUCCUCCCGUGUAGUUCUGGGCUAAUUCCUCACCGUUCUCAUGAUCAUUGCAACUCCACGAGGUGAGAUCUUGCAUGGAGCCCAGGCCGAGGGAGAUGGACAGUUCUUUUGUGUUUCUUCCAUUUGCGAAUAAUCGCACCAACUGUUGUCACCUUCUCACCAAGCUGCUUGGCGAUGGUCUUGUAGCCCAUUCCAGCCUUGUGUAGGUCUACAAUCUUUUUCCUGACAUCCUUGGAGAGCUCUUUGGUCUUGGCCAUGGUGGAGAGUUUGGAAUCUGAUUGAUUGAUUGCUUCUGUGGACAGGUGUCUUUUAUACAGGUAACAAGCUGAGAUUAGGAGCACUCCCUUUAAGAGUGUGCUCCUAAUCUCAGCUCGUUACCUGUAUAAAAGACACCUGGGAGCCAGAAAUCUUUCUGAUUGCGAGGGGGUCAAAUACUUAUUUCCCUCAUUAAAAUGCAAAUCAAUGUAUAACAUUUUUGACAUGCGUUUUUCUGGAUUUCUUUGUUGUUAUUCUCUCUCUCACUGAUCAAAUAAACCUACCAUUAAAAUUAUAGACUGAUCAUUUCUUUGUCAGUGGGCAAACGUACAAAAUCAGCAGGGGAUCAAAUACUUUUUUCCAUCACUGUAUGUGUUCUUUUCUAGAUCGUGUGUUUCUGUGUUGGCCGGGGUGGUUCCCAAUCGGAGGCAGCUGUGUCUUGUUGUCUCUGAUUGGGAACCAUACUUAGGCAGCCUGUUGUGCACUUGUCAUUUGUGGGAUCUUGUUCCGGAGAGGUUUGUGUUUUGUUAACCUUAGGACUUCACGUAUCGUUUUGUUGUUUUGUUAUUGUCGUAUAAGUACUCAUUAAAAGAUGUGCGCAUUUCACGCUGCGACUCAUUACGACGAUCGUGACACGUGGGGACUAAUUGUGCCGGAUGAUUUAUGGGACGGAGUUGUAGGUUUGAUUGCCGGCGCAAGAUGGCAGCAGAAAAGUUUUGUCAUUAGAGGGAUAUUAGGAGAUGAUAUCUCCUCACACCUUGUUCUCUUUUGGUAAUUACAGCGGUUGACACUCUGACUCCGGGGCAGACACACUCAUUCUCCCUGAUUAAUGAGAAGGCCCAGACAUGAACUAAGUAGGCCUAAUACUCCAAGUUAUUGUUGAAGAGCUGUGGAUUAGUAUUCUCUGUAGGGACGUCUGAAUUAACUUUUGGAACGGCAGAAAUCAGAAAAGUGACUCGUUUUAUUGGUACUCUAGGGGAGAAAUCGAGGAAAAGGCAUCGGUCAGCCAGUCAGAACGGAGGUGCGAUACAUCCAUCAAUGGAACAAUGACAUUCAAACACUGAGUUUCAGGACAUCAUUGGCAAACGUUUUUUGAGAAUAAUAGUUUUUUAAUUGAUUCACAUCAAUCUAGAGUCACAAUACACAUUUUGGACGUAACACCAACCCCUCCCAACCCCCACUACAAACAAACCCCUGGCGGCCCUCACCCGAUCCCAGACCUCAGCCACAUUAUUGCCAAACCUACCACUAUGUCAAAUAAUGAGAAUCAGUGCUACACAGUAAAGCCCCUUUAGGGCUACAUACUAUAGGGAAAGCAAGAAGAAACCUACUGUUAACAAUGCUAUCAUUCUGUUGUUCUCUUCCUGCAGGUCAGAAGCUGUUCAACUGUCACAUGUGCAACACAUCAUUUUCCACCAAAGGGAGUCUGAAAGUCCACAUGCGUCUCCACACUGGAUCCAAGCCCUUCAAAUGCCCCUUCUGCGAGCUUCGCUUCCGUACCUCGGGCCAUCGCAAGACCCACAUCCAAUGUCACUACCGGCCCAGCUCGGAGGGUCGGAAGGCCAAGCGAGCGGCAUCGUCCAGAAGUAACCAGAACCAGGGCCAGCAGCAGCACCCGGCUAACACAGAGACCCUGCACCCUGUGGGCCUGCUCCAGGCUACAACCACAGACCCUAACAUCUACCUUCCAGCCAACCAGGUCCUCACAGGCCAGUUUGACCAGAACCUUCUGCAGCAAAGCCUGGUGGGCCAGACUAUCCUGCCUGCCUCCAUGUCAGGUAAGGGCCCACUCAGCCACACUCACUCACUCACUCACUCACUCACUCACAUCAGGGUUGGGGGUCAAUUCCAAUUCAAUUCAUAUAUUGAAUUGCACAUGGGUUUCUCUCCAUAUAUAAAUAUAAUUCAAUUCCUGACUUAGGUGGAAUUCACCUCAACCCUGGCACAGACACACUCACUGUCCAUUGCCACAAACACAGAAUUAUUUCAUUCUUAUUGCCAAUACUUAUUACCCUAUGCAAGCCUAGCUCACCCCUUCCACUAUUGACAUGAAGCAUGCACCCAAGUGCUGCUCAGCACAGCAACCAUAUUUCACCUGAACAGUCAACCCUAGCCUAGUCUACAUUCAAACCAUAGUCUGGGACUGAGAGGAGAGGUUUGAAGCCUGAGUCCCACGGGGGGCCAGUAUAAAAAAAUUAAAAUAAUGUAUGCACUCACUAACUGUAAGUCGCUCUGGAUAAAUGUCUGCUAAAUGACUAAAAUGUAAAUUGAAGGUCAUUUGUGGUGAAGAGGGGCACGAGGGUUGUUGUACAAAACAAAGUCAUCAGCGAUUGGAUCGUCUCUAACCAAUCAGAGUAUCAAAGCCAAUGACGAAUUUCCAAACCGCCUUUUUACCCACGUGUGUUCGAACCCAUCGGUUUCUGGACCAAUAAGACGGCCCCGAAUGUGUUUGAAUUCGGUGAAGGGUCGGGGAGGCACUCAGAUCCAGACUCAUUGUGAAGAAGAAACUAACAUCCAUGGGCGUGACGUAGCAUUUGGCCGGAGCAAGGAGUCUGGGUAGCCAGGCAACGUCUUUCACACCUGGUUCACAAGCAAGACCAAUGUUCUGCAAAUAUUGCCUCGUGUGAGCCUCAUGUCAAAGACAAGUUUCCAUCUUAUGUAGACUUAAGGGUAGGGCUGUGGCGGUCACGAAAUUUCAUCAGCCGGUGAUUGUCAAGCAAAUAACUGUCGGUCUCACGGUAAUUGACCGUUAAUUAACAUAAACAUAUUUAGCAUCUCCUGGCUUCCACACAUAGCCUUCAAGCCAUUUUAAAAAUUCUAAUAAAUCCAUGUAAUAUAGCCUACAUCUUCACAAUAAAUCCAUUAUUUAUUUUAGACAGGUCUAAAGAAGCAUGAUAUGAAGAAAAUGUAGUCAAUUUCAGAAGAAAAUAAUAGCAUACUGCGAGUUGUCCUUAUGUUAGGUCCUGAUGUGGCUAUGCCAAAUGGAUGUGGGCUACACUAGUUCAUUUAGAAGACAAAAUUUGCUUAUAAUAUUUAUAUUAUUUUAUAGUAUGAAGAAUACAAUUGAACAAAGCUGAAUAAAAUAGAAAUAUUUUCUCCAAACGAUUUGAGGGAGUGCGGACAUGCGGCUAUGCUGUGUUGAGCGGUUAACAAAGAAAUAGGUCCUCCUAUAUGCUUAAUUUAGAGUUAUUAAUGUAACUUUAGUUGUUCUACAAACGUUGGGCUAUAUGUUUUGAUAUUUAAUACAUUGUAAGGCUGCAUGAUGCGACUCUAAUGAUGAUUUGAAAAAAGUCGCUUGAAAGGCAUGAGCUCUGCUUUGUUUUUUGCACAGGCUGUACACACUCAAAUAGUCUCUCAUUUACAAUUUGACAAGCACUUGAUAAUGCCUUGAAUUUCACGGCGACACCCCCUUUGUGGCCGUAAUGCACCCUAAAAAAAUCCAUGCCUUUUGCUGCCCGGAGUGCUGCGUUGUGCCCUUCUCCCUGAGUGUGCUGCGCAAUCCGAAGCGCCUCUCACUCACAUGGCUCUCCGUGAUGUGAUCGGGCCUUUCUCACAGGCUACAAGUGAAGACAGACACAUCGGGGAUGCAACUGCGUGCGUCCUUAUCCAAUUCCGAGGUGCAUAUUGAAGAUAUUGGAAGAACUGUCCACAUUUUACGUUUCGGCAGUCAACAAGAUGAGUAGGCCUAACGAACAGAAAAAGCACUAACCUAAUGUCAAUCUACUAUCCCCCAUAGUACAAAAGUCGACCUAUUCCAUUCUGUGCGAGAAAUAAAUAUUCCAAACAUAGUCUGGGACAGUUGUGGGAUGGAUAGAUCCCAAAUUAAUACAACCACUAGCAUCAAAAAAGCUUUUUUAUGCAAUGUGGCUGACGCAACAGAUCAGAACGUUUAGCUUAAAAUGUUCAUAAACUAUUAGGCUAUUUCUUCACAUUAUAAGCGCAGCAAAGCACACAUGGUAUUAGGCUAUAAGCGCGAAUGUUCCAUUAGCGGAAAACACCAUCAUCAAAAGUGACCGCAAAUGCAAUUAUGCAUGUAAUGCUUUAUUAUGGGCCCCGUGUAGCUCAGUUGGUAGAGCAUGGCACUUGCAACGCCAGGGUUGUGGGUUCGAUUCCCACGGGGGGCCAGUAUGAAAAAUAAAUACAAAUAAAUGUAUGCACUCACUAACUGUAAGUCGCUCUGGAUAAGAGCGUCUGCUAAAUGAUUAAAAUGUAAAAAUGUAAAUUAUAAAGGUGCAAUUUUUAUGGUGAAAAUGAUCUUCCCCAAACUUGAAAGUCAUGCGCUACUUAUAUAUGCCAGUUAGGCUCUACACCCCUUGUAAAGCGGAUUAAUAACUUAAUUUUAAGAAGUUAUUUAGUUGAUACAAACCGUAUUAAAACAUAUAGGCCUAUUGGCUAGACUACAUGAGGUGUGCGACUAUGAUUUGAAAAAGUUGCAAAAAAAAGGCUUUGUUUCUUAUGCCUGGCAUCAUUCACAAGUGAUAGGCUAAUAUUGUCACCCAUCAGACUAUUCUUGAUUUUAAUCUUGUCUUUACAUAUACUAAAUAAUGUGUGGAAUUUGUUUUGCUUUAGAAUGAACCAUUAUCAUGCACACAUUGAAACAGUGGCAGCGGGAAAUAUAGUAGGCCUAGCCUAUAGAAAGCUGAUCCUCCUCUUUUUAAAGAGGCCAUCACUCUGUUUUCUCACGCAAUUGCAUAGCCUAUAGAAAUGUUGCGCAACAUGAGCUCAUGGGCUCUCAUGAAGUGUUUGAUUAGAUUUUUCGAUUACAUUUGCAUUGAUGUCAGAGUGAUUAGAGGGACAAUAGAAUGCUGAGUACCAGGCAGUUAGCAAGUUUGGUAGGCUACUAAUGACCAUCAGCAGCAUCAGAGCUUCGAGAAGCCUAAAUUACCGUGACUAAACGGUCACGUGGAAUUUGACUGCCGUCACGACUCGUGACGGUAAUACGGUCACCGCAACAGCCCUACUUAUAUUUUUUCAAUCCAAUUCAUUAAGACAUUCUAGGCUACAACUACAGUAUGAUGUAUCUGUUAGUUAGGUCUACAGACUGGGACGGAAUAAGGAGUCUGAAACAACAUCUGUGGAGUUUUCCUUCUGAAACACUUUAGAGUUUAAAUGUUUUGACUGAACUCUGGCUAACUUCAUCUCUAAUCUGUCAUUUGUUCAAACUGGCGGCGAGGAGGAAGCCAUCCAAAAAAGCAGCCAUGAAGGGAAUUUCCCUCACAGCGCUGUUUGAGAAUCAAGUAGCACUUCGAAAUGGCUUCCACGCACCGUGCUCAUUGCUGGCACACAACUCAGGUUGCUACUGGCAGCCUCGCUCUCUCUCCGCAUGUAGCCCCCUAGUUCCCUAAAAGAUCCCCCAGUGGAUGAUAUGUCACUCUGAGCCCUUCUCCUAUUGUCUCUCCAAGCAGACAGAAGGCAGGCACAUUGAGCAAACACAGAAAAAUCUAAAUUAUUUCAAUUCGUUUUUUUAUUUACGAGAAUCUGCAUUAAAUUAAUUAAGUGAAGUAAUUUCUCAAAGUCCCACACCUUAUAUUUUGGUUUAUGGUGGGUUUAGAGUCUAGACAGUUGAACUGGGCUCAUCAUGCAUUUGUAAGUGACAUUCUUCCAGAUUAGAUGGGUGUUUGUGAUUAAUUUAAACGAUAGAAAAUGGCUGUAAAUAUCACAGAGUGGGAGUCUGCUUUUCAUAACAGCCCGUUUUGUGUUGUGUAUAAACUUGAUUACAUAUUGUGCUUUAAUGAUGUUGUGGAACUUAAAAUGCUAAUCAAAUUAUCCAAGCUUGGGACAAUAAAGGUCGUCUAAUCUAAUCGUGUGGUUUGUGAUUAUAUUGUAGCGGGUGGUGACCUGACAGUGUCUCUAUCGGAGGGUCUGGCUACCCUGGAGGGCAUCCACCUCCAGCUCACCUCUGCCAACCUAGUAUGUCCCAACGUCCAGAUCUCUGGCAUCGACACCAGCAACAUCAACAACAUCACACUGCAGGUAAUGAGUGGCUCCAGGGUGUGUGUGGUGUGUGUGUGUGUGCGUGCGGCACUGUGUGUGUGGCCCUCUCUUUCCUUUGCUCUCCUUCUCCCUUUGUUCCCUCUUUUUCAUCAUCUCUCCUCUGCUCCCCUAUCGCUCUCCCUCUCUCUUUUCACCUCUCUCUUCCUCUCUCUCUCUCUCUACCCCCACCCCUCUCCUGUGUUGACUCAUUGGGAUUCUCCCAUCCCCUCCAGAUUGACCCAGCCAUCCUCCAACAGACUCUCCAGCAGGGAUGUCUCCUCUCCCAUGCCCUGACAGGAGACGGAGGCCUGACCAGCCACCCUGGUGCCCACCUCAUGGCCACGGGAGACCCCUCGGCGCCCUGCUCCAAUGUGGUCCUGCACCCGCUCACCAGCCUGGCCCUGCAGCCCUCCACCAUCGGCCCCGGCCACGUCACCAUGGGCAGCCUUGGCGAGCACGACAACACAGGUGCAUGGUGGUCCCAUCUUCUCCCCGGAACUUCGCAUUUCUGUUCCUAUACUAACAUGAUCACUCAGUAGAAUUAAAGGCAUAGUUCACUCGGAAAGUUCACUUGUAUUAUGUUUAUUAGUCCACUGUUACUACAAUCCCAAAACAUUGUGCAUGUCCGCAGUCACGUUUUCAAGAUGGAGCACUUUCUGUACCAAGCAAAAACUGUGAUGAUGCCUUUUGCAUUAAAUGUUUUUUAACCGUUCACGUUUCUCCUCAACUUACCUGUUUCUUUAACGGAUGCAUACAUUUGCUUUGACAACACAGGUGCAUGGUGCUCCCGUCUUCUCCCCCCAAUACCUCUCAUAUGCAUUCCUAUACUAACAUUGACCACGUUUACAUGCGCACAGUAUUCCAGAUAGUAGUAUAAUCCCGCAAAUGUGCAUGCUGUUUACAUGCACAUUUGAUAUCCCGCUCAUGAGUAUCCUUGUUACCGUAAAUAAACAGAAUAUUCCUCAUUUAAGUAUAUGGAUUAAAUUGAAUAGUAACUGAAAUAUGGACACUGACUUUGGCCUGUAACCUCUCACAUGUAGCGUAAUAUAAUUUUAACUUAAAUGUUAAUUUUGUCUCGGGAACAGGAGUGGAGAAAUAUGAUUUAUUUAUUUCAGCAUCUCUUGAGAAAAUGCGACUGCGCGUGAAAUGUGUUAUAUUUUACUCUGUUAUGCAAGCAGACAGUAUUUCAACCACGUAAAAUAUGCACUCAAGACGAACAGAACUCUUUUCAGAAACGUGUUUCGUAAUUUUCUCAGCUUUUAAUUUCCUUAAAACCGGUCAAACUGAUGACAUUUUGUCAUUUUGCACAGGACUGUUUUGGAGUUAAUGUGUUUUCUUCCCGGUCUCUAAAUGAAACAGACAACUUUACAGGUGUUAACUAGAUUACUAAUGCAUUAAUUAUAUCGAUGUAAGACAUUAUUCUGGUGAGCACUACUUUAUUUAGUCUUCUGAGGCAACAAGUUAUGACAGAAGAGAAGCUGCGUGUAUCAAACUUUAGUUGACAAAUGGCCUACCAAAUGUCGGAAAUCAUAAGCAGAAGAAACAUUAUUAAAAUUAUAGUAAAUCAAUUAUAGUAGGCAAAAUUAUUAUGGAAUUAUUAUGGUGGAUCGAACUGCGCAGGUAGUCUACUUUUUGAAGUGAUCUGUUUGACAAUCAGAUGAAAACAUCAUCACACAACACCCAUAAUAUGCAAAACUCAGCCUGCGCAGACCGCAAAAACAACAUUAAACAGGAUAAGAUGUUUACAUGCCACAGUAUCCCGUCUUCGAUCAGCAUAUCCCAGGCAUCUUAUCCGGGUUUCUCAUAACCGGGAUACAAGCUUUUUCGGGUUAUUGUAAACGGGAUAUGAUGUUUAUAUGCAUCAACUAAAAAACAGACUACUUGAGUAUGCCGAAUAAUAACAGGAUAUUAUUGUGCAUGUAAACGUGGUCAUUAUCACUCAGAAUAAUUCAUGAAAAUCUGGAUUUUCCCCGCAGACACCGAAUCCGUUUGCUUCCUUUUAGCCAAACACAAAAUGGGUAGAUGUUUCACUAAAGUAUUUUUUAACAAAUGAGCUCCUCUCUCUUCUCGUCUACUCAUAUCCUCUCCUCUCUUUUGGGCUCCACAGCUUUCUGUUGUUGAUAUGAGUGUGUGUGAUGUGUGGCCCCUCUCCUAUUUUUUGGGCUACACAGCUUUCUGUUGUUGAUAUGAGUGUAUGUGAUGUGUGGCCCCACCGAGAUGAAACUGUCACAAUGAGUUUGUUCUACAGCCAUGCUUUCACACCAGCUGGACCUACUUUGACAGCAUAGGGUGUCAGCCUAAGCCAGGGGAAAGGAGGGACGGAUGGGGGGAGAUGGGAGGGAUGGGGGGAGAUGGGAGGGAUAAGGAGAGGAGGGAUGAAAUGGGGAGAGGAUAGGAGAAAAAAGAGAGGAAGGAAUGGAGGAAAGAUAGGAGAGAAGAGAGUCAAUUAGUUAAUGAUGACUUCUGUAACUCCCGGUUCUUUCUCUUUCUCCCUUUAGGCUGUCAUCAGGACCUGAGCCAUGUGAUGAGUGCUCCAGGCCUGGUGUCCAGUGGGGCUCAUGGUGCUCAGGAGAUCACCCUGACCAUCAACAACUCCAGCCUCACCCAGGCUCUAGCUCAGGCCCAGGCCCAGGCCAAUGCUGCUGCUGGUGCCAACACUGCUGCAGGCAACCACCCCCAGGAGAUCACACUCACCAUAUCAGGUAGACACACACAAAUGAUCUGUCCUUAUUCUCCAUACUUCUCCCAAAGUGUACACUUGCACGCUCCCCAUCAUGGAUUUAACAAUGAAGGAAACUAUCCAACUAAUGCUUGCACCAAUUCAAUAUGCUUUUAAAGAUGCACUAUGCAUAAAUUGGUCUGCCAUUUCCUUGUUGCUUAAAAUUCGAAUAGUUUACUUAAUUUCAGUUUAUGUGACAAAACAAGCAAGUAUAGUGUAGAGAAUCAUUGUACCAUCUAAACCGCUGUGAAAUAUAUUUUCCAUAACCAAAAAUAUUGUAUUUUCAGCAGUUUGAAGCUUGUGUAUAAAACCGAAAGCAAAAGACUCAAAAACUAAAUGUAAGGAAGGGAAGCAUAGAAAAAGUGCACAUAGAACAGAUCUACCGCUUCUUAGGCUUGCUUUCAAUGAGAUUGACAGAUCAGUGUGGGACUCAGCCGCAAAAAAACACACACACACACACACACACACACACACACACACACACACACACAGCUACAGGAAAACAUGCACACAAGCAGACCACAGGCACUCACUCGCUCAUGCCAACAUACACGUGGCAGCUAAAUAAGCUGGCUCACAGGAGCACAAUCAUCUAUUUUUCUGUUCACCUUAAUUCAACAAACCAAGUACACAAAGUGAUUGCCUGGAUAAAAAGGUCAGAAAAUCAAGAAAUGUGUUUUCUACAGUUGGCGUGAACACGUCUUUUCAUGAGUCUAGAAUUGGUAGACUGUCCAGAUGCGUCGACAGCGCUUCUAGGAUACUUAAUCGUGAGAUACACAAAAUAUGUAUGAAUAGUUCACGAAGAAUUCUCCUCUCCUAUUCUCCUAAAUAUGUCGUUGCGACACUCACAUUCCAGAAAAAUGUAAGUUAGGUGUUUGUGUGUGAAUUGACAUACACACACCAGCACACACACACUCACAGGCACAAGUUUGAUUCAUUCUGAUGCAUACACACUCGAGAACAUCCUCAUACAUGGAGCCUUCAAUACCCAAAACUUAAUCCGAGAUACCUAUAUACAGCUCAGAAUCAGUUCCCCUCCACUCUGCUCGGAAUUCAAAUCACAGAGGGGCAAUUUCACAGUAGCCGAAUGAUACUGAGACUAAAACAUGUUUUAUGCCAAACAAAAACCAAUGAUUUCAAAGUUAAACAUACAAGUCUAUGCACAAGCAUGACUUUAAAAAAUUUCCCCAGAAAAUUUUACAAAAACACAUUUACCGGUACUUGACGAACAGUGCAGAUGCGAAGUUCUAUAACAGAAUGCUGGUUUGUGCUUUUUGUGCCGUCAUUCUGUUACCAAACUUUGCAUAAAUGUAAACAAAACCAAAACAGAGAGAUGAAGACUGCAGACAUAGAAAGAGCAAGAAGGGCCCGGGGAAGAUCAUUUUAUCACGUCACUGUGGGCUGGAGAUAAAAUGUAUUUUCUCUCUCUGAAGGUCAAGACCUCCUCCAGCAGCACAGCACCCCUGGUGGCGGCGAGAUGAUUGGCGGGAUCAGGCUGGCAUCACCCCAGGGCGCCCACCAAACCACAGGUACCACCCUUACCAUUGGCAAUGACCACCUCCUACCUCAGAGCAACGCGGGCAUGACUGGUAAGGAUUGGCAGCAGCACUGCUGUGUGUGUGCGCAUGUGUGUAUGAUUGCAUUUUACUCACCCAUUGUGCAGCCCACUUGGAUUACACAGUGAAGGGCCUGUGAUGUAAAGUGUGUUGAGUGAUUCCUUCAGCUGGAGAGAUGGGUCAAUUAGCAUGCUGAUUACAGUACCUCACUGCUCAUCACUUGUGGAGUUUAAUCAACUUCUCGGAGCCAUCGUCCUCACUCUCCUCUCAACUCAAGUGGACAACAUUCUGUGACAAACAAUGAAUAGGCAUUGAGAGGAGUUGGCCAUUUUGCAAAUGUAUUCUUAUUUAACCAACAGUGAGUCAUCUAAUUGAGAGAUAUUAUGAAAGAAUGAGACGAUAGUAAAGCUUUGGUUGGAUGAAUGAAGAAUUGUGUCACAUUGGGCACUAGGGGUUCUUGGCCAUUCACAUUUUCACACUGUGGAACACCGUUGCCAAGCUCUUUGUCACUCACUUCCUAGUAGUGGUGAUUGUGGGCCAAGCUGCUAGGCCUAAUUUCCCUUGACACUCUCACAUCACGAUUUUUAAAAUGAUGUCGCAGAGAAAAAGUAAAUUAUCUAAUGACCUCUUGGAAAAUAUCUGUAAAAUGUGCUUUUUUUUCACGUAUUUGCUGUUCAUGUGGCGUUCUCAGGCAUCUGCCCAAUCAACUCCCAGUCAAUUUCCAAUGGCUUGCUCUCCAUGCGAUUCUCAUAUCCCACAGUGCAUCGUUCUGCCCAUUGAAAAUGCAUUGCCAAAAAAAAUGCUUAUUAAAAUCUUGCAAGUAUUUCUGUCAAGUUAAAUUCUCACCUACUUACUGUCAGUCACCAGCCUGCCACCUAGCACCUCCCUAUCGCAGACGUCUGGCUCCCAGAGCCUCGUGAUGUCGUCAUCGAGCAUGGCCAGCGACGGCACCGUGACUCUCACACUGGCAGACACACAGGGUAUGCUGGACGCUCAACCUCAAUUUACGCUCAACUUCAACGCACAGGUAACCACUCUGAAACACACACACAAUCAUGCACACACACACACACACACAGGUAACCACUCUGAAAAUACACACACGGGCGUGCUUACACUCACUCACUCACUCUCUCUCACACACACACACACACACACACACACACACACACACACACACACACACACACACACACACACACACACACACAGCUAUAUCUUACUAUACUUUUUGGGGACCAACAAUUGAUUCCCAUUCAAAAUCCUAUUUCCCCUAACCUUAACCCUAAUUCUAACCCUAAAUCUAAACCUAACCCCUAAGCCUGAAAUAUACUUUUUACAAGUGAGGACCACUUUUCUGAAUUUUAGUUGGUUUACUAUUCUUGUGAGGACUUCUGGUACUCACAAGUUUAGUAAAAUGUGUACAUACACACAGUAACAGUGAGUAUCUUCUCUCCAUAGAGUCAGCAGUACCAAACUAUGCUCAGUGACCAGGAUCUCUCAGGACAACAGGCCGGCUCCACCCAGCAGGUCAUACUGGUCAGUCACCACCCCCAGGCCACUGAGGGACAGCCCGACAAUGUUUACAGGGUCAGUCACUGUGUGUGUGUGUGUGUGUGUGUGUGUGUGUGUGUGUGUGUGUGUGUGUGUGUGUGUGUGUGUGUGUGUGUGUGUGUGUGUGUGUGUGUGUGUGCGCGCGCGCUCGCGCGUGUACCUUUACGAGUGUUGUGUUGUUACCAGGGCCCAGAUUCACAAAACACUUCUUACCAAAAACGUAACAACCUUCUUAAGAAAAUCAAUAAGAAGUUCAUAAGAUAGUUUGUAAGUGCAAUUCCUCAACAAUAUCUUAAGAUUUCAUGAUUUUCUUACAAACUUCUCAAAUAUCUUCUUACAAACUCCUUAAAUAUCUUCUUAAAAUUAUUGUAGCUAGCAAUGGCAAUCAUGUUAGCAUAUUUCGUACUGAGAUUACUGUUCUAAAACAUGUUCUUGGGUUUCAAAUAAUUAAUACUGAAACUUUCAUAUGAAGUUUGUGAGUGAAUUAAACAUGUUCAAUUGCUUUCAUUAGCUUAUUUUCUCACCGCCCUGAGUUUAAGACAAGGGUUUAGCUAUUUUGAAAUUAAGAACAUUUCCAAUAUUUUCAAGAAUCUAAUUUCUUCUUAACUUUUUGCUUAAGGAGAAACAUAAGAAAUAGCGCAAGAAAAUUCCAAGAACCUUUUUGAGGAAUAGCAACUUUGCUUAACUUUCUUCAUAAGUCUAUAGUUAAGGAUAAAAUGGCAGUUAAGAAGAAAUGUAUUCUUAAGAAGGUUUUGUGAAUCUGGGCCCAGCUGUCUAAGAAGGACCGGGCGGUGGGUAGGAUAGUGUGUGUAACGUGUGUGUUGUGUUGAAACUAGCUAUCAGAGGAGGGCCAGGCAAUGGGGAAGGAGGACCAGGGGGAGAACCAGAAGCAGAACCAGUGUUUCUACUGCGAUCAGGUGUGUCAGAGCGCCAACACGCUGCGACGCCACUGCAGGCAGGCCCACGGAAAGGACCGCUGCCACGUCUGCAGAGAGUGUGGCAAGGCCUUCAAAAGAGCUACUCACUUAAAGGUAAGCAUGGACAGACACACACACACACACACUCACCCAAACACACACUGGAGACUGGACUAUAGCAUAGAACACUGUCAAGUUUGCAGUGUGUGUGGCAAAAAAAGCACAGUAGGUCUGGGCAGACACACACACACACACACACACACACACACACACACACACACACACACACACUACAGCACAUUUACUACUACUAUUCCCUGAUAGUAGUUGCCCUGUCUUGCCCUCAGAGCAGAGUUGGAGUCUCCUUUGGGAGGAGAGGUGUGUGGAGGCUAAACUCUGGAUAAUUGUUUCCUGUGGGGCCAGCACUGCAGAGUAGCCCCUCUGGUGCCUGAAUACUCUUGAGUGUAUUCUGAGUGUAUUCCAGGCGGUGGGACGGGGUUAGGAGUGGGUUACAGGAGUCAAAUAGCGGAGGGUUUCUCAGCAUUCAGGGGAGUUUAAACACAGUUGCCUUCAAGGACCUGAGCACAAUGACUUUCUUCUGCUGCUUCAGUUUCUGACGGGGUCUCGUAAGAACGAUAAAUUAACUGUCACUCUUCCCUCUCUCUGUGUCCCAAACACCUAUUGCCUCCUGACAGGGUAAUAAUAGCCCCGGGAGGAGAGAGAGGUAAAAGUUAACAGGUGAAGUCCAAUCUCAGAUAGUUUUUAGGCCAAGGGUAAUUUUCUCGAGUGCAAACUUUUUCUCCUCUGACAACGCUGUCGUACUCUACAUAUGAGGAUACGGCUGCCCAAGGAGAAGAGGCUCUCCAUUUAAUAACUCCACUCCAGCACGUAAACAGUGGGAAGCUCACAGCACUGAGGAGAGAAGAGGGGCACAGGCCUGGAGGAGCUUGACCUAAUUUCUAGGUCUAUAUGCAGAGGCAAGGCACCUUUCUAGGUCUAUAUGCAGAGCCAUGCUGUUCUUCAACUCCUAUACGUCCUCCUCUGUCCUUGUCUGUGUGUGUGUGUGUGAGCGUAUGACCAUCUUUACCUGAUAUGACAUGUGUGAUCCCCUGAUGGUGUGUCUGUGUCCAUGUGUAUGAACAAGAGAGAGAGAGCAUAUUGGAUGUGUGUUUGCUUGUGCGUCAUUCAGAGAGCGUUCGUGUGUGUUAAGAUACUUGUAUAUCUUCUCUGGCUCAGUGACGCCCCCCUCAUUCCUAGUCCUCGUAUGCCCUGUUCCCAAAAGCUAUCCGUAUCUCAUUUACGGAAUUAAACGCACCGUUGGAUAGGGGGAGCACGGCUGGAACCACAUCAAAGCCUGUUCCGUACCAAUCGGCAGCCCCAUGUAACCCCAGAGUCUUUCCUCCUGUCGCGAGAGAGCCCUCUCACCACACAUUACCUAAUCUAAAGCCUUGGCUUUGGUAAGCCAGGGCUCUGUUCAGUAGGUAUGAAACAGGAGAGAAUGUUUUGAAACGGAGCAGGUAGUGCACUGAACGUGACCCAGUUUUGUUAUCUCUUUCCCGGUGCUCCUUAUUAGGGGAAAACUAUUGUUAAAUGUGGACCUUGACUCAGCAGUAUUGGAGAAGGUUUUAUCUCUCGUGGAAAGAUACACUUAACAUAAAUGGUAGUAGCAUCUGCCGACAGACUGGGAUGUGACAACAAACAAGGAACUUUGUUCCGGUAUGCAGAUUUUUCAUCACUGAUAGUUUUGGACAAAUCACGAUUUCGCAGCUGCUCGCAUCUUUCGGAAGGGGAGGGGACAUUUGGCCCAUAGACUUCCCUGAAACUGGCUGAGUUUCCGUUUAGAGGGGUGGAUACUUCGUUAGUACAUUAAGCUUAUCAAGCAUCUGAUGCAAUUACGCAAAAUAUUUUAGUUCUGGGUGUCUGAGAUUAGAGAAUGUUUAAUUCAUGUUUUGUUUUAUUUCUCCACUUUACAAACUGUUGCUGGGUUCAUUAACUUCAUGAUAUAAUUUAGCGAUGGAGAGAGACAAAGAGCAACCCUUUCAGCAAUAGUUAAGAGGGAAAUACCAGUACUUUUAGCAAUAAUGUUUAGGAGUAGAGUAGCUUUUAUUUAAAGGUCAAGGCCCAAACGUCACCCUUGACAACAUUUAGUUUGGCCCGCCAGACCAAAAGUUUAAGCUCAUAUUCACACAUGCACAUUCACACGCGCAGACACACACUCACACACGUACAGAGUGUGAGGUAGUUGUGGAAAUGUUUUGUUUGUCUGAGUAGUUGGUUUGCUUGCCCAGACUUUUCUAUGACUCUGGGAACAUGCAGAGGAUGUUCUUAGCAUGGUGCUGCAACUUUUAGAAACUUUUUCAGUUACUGAUUUGUUUUUUCUUGAUCUUAAAAGCAAUCAGGGGGCUACUAGCCUUCUUGUUUCUUUGUUCAUGACUAGACAGGAGUUUUCUUGAUACUUCUUCAUUAGACUUUGGAAUUUCUUGAUACUUCGUCAUUUGUCUUUGGAGUUUCUUGAGGAUUCGUUAUUAGACUGGAGUUUCUUGAUGGGUAGUCAUUAGACUUAAGGCUUUAUUUAUGUUUUUUCAGUAGACUUUGUUUUUUUUGGAUGGUUCAUCAUUAGAAUCUGGGGUUUUCCAGAUUGUUCUUUCUGGUUUGAAGAGUAUGGCUGCCAGUUCUCGUGAAAAUUGCAGUUUAUUUUUACGUAUUUGCUCUUUUUCAAGUUUUCUUCUGAAAUAUUUGUUAAGUGUCCCCGGACCUCUGACCUCUUUCUCCUACAGGAGCACGAGCGUGUCCACCAGCGAGGACCCUCACUGGGCUCCCAAAGGCCCAAGUUAUUCAAAUGCUCCUCCUGUGACAAAGCUUUCGCCAAGCCCAGCCAACUAGAGAGACAUAACCGCACACACACAGGUAAUCCCACACACGCAUGCACAGCGUUCACUCGAAUAAAUCUCUGACUAGUAUUCUAUUUAGAACUAUUGUACACCCCAGCCUUGAGUAUCAGAUCUCAUUGAGCACAAAGAAGGAGCGAAAGUAAAAAUGUACACCAUGUGAAUGAAGUUGCCAUCCGAGUCCUCGACUAGAGUGACCUUCCAUCAGGCAUUUGGGACACUUCAAAGACCUCAGGAAAAUGAUUUCAUGUAUAUGCCUCAAUGUCAAAAUGACCAAAUGAACUUUUUCAGAGCAAAGCAACCAUGUUCUCUCCUAAGGUGAAUUUAACACAACCCCGACAUGACAAAGUAGGAUGUGCAUUUGCUUCUUAAGAAUUGGGACAUUUUGUUCUGUAGAGGUAAGUACAAAGGUGAAGUGCGACUUGAAUGUUUUGACUCAUGUUGGUGCCUACUCUUAUGGCCACCCACUCAAUGGCUGUGUCAGUGGCAGGCCGGGGUGAGAUUACUGUAAUGUUGUGUGUUGAAGAGCCCACUGGGGCAGCUGAACCGGUAGUCUUACCUUUUAUUGUCCCCAGCAGGAGAGGCUGUAAGGGCGCUUGUACACACGACAUGCUAUGACGUAGCCUAGCUUGCUAGCGUUACAUCAGCAAGCGAAAAGCAUCACAAUCACAACCGUUGCUCUAACGGGGGGCCUUUCCGUACUGGAAAUUGGUUUUACUCUCCAUCUCCACAUCAGAAGAGAGGCAGCAUUUUCUCCUCACUCUGAGAGCUAUUUUAAGUGGGGAGCCAUUGUCUUCACCAAAUUGUGUGGCUGUUUUCUCACAGUGCAGUUUUCAUGGUUUAGAUUGAGGCAGAGGUACUUACAUAAUGUCCAUGGACUAACUUACAGACAUAACAGGUCUCCUCAAUUUCAGUCAAAUAUGUCAGAAUGUAUUUUUUACUGUAAUGGUACCAAUUAUGGCAGGUCAUUAUGUUCCAAGAUUAUUCUAAAGGCCUUACGUACACUAUCCUUUCUAAAUGGGAAUCUGGUGGGGAGGCAUCUCCUCGCAACGCUAUUCUUCUGAAUUGGCAUAGUAGACUACGAGUUAUAUUGGUAAAUCUGAUUUACACUUUGCCGGCAUUUCACACCUUUCAGCAGAUAAUGUUAACUGACAAUGCCUUACAUUUUUUAUAAAAAUGUUAUUAAAUUGGAUGUAAAGUGCUAUUGCUUGCAGGAAUAUACUGCAAUGCAUCAAUUACUGUAAGCGCAUUUACUUUUUAGAAGUACUUCUAUUCCAUAUUUCAAACUUAUUUUAGUGCGAGACAACUUUUUAUUGCCUUCACCGCACACUCAAGAUUGAAUUCGAAUGUGUGUUUUGUAUUCAUCCGGCGAAUUGCACCGCCACUUGCAAACAAGCAAGUAACCUUUGUACUCAUUAAAGUCUUGAGAAUGUGUCUAUCUGUGUUUGUGCAGGUGAGCGUCCCUUUAAGUGUUCCCAGUGUGACAAGGCCUUCAACCAAAAGAGUGCCCUGCAGGUACACACGGUCAAACACACAGGGGAGAAGCCCUACAAGUGUGAGAUCUGCAGCAUCAACUUCACACAGAAGAGCAACAUGAAGCUGCAUAUGAAGAGGUCGCACGGCUACGGUGAGUCACGAACACACACACUCAAACACGUGCAAUACUUUUUUUCCACUCACACUCAAGACUGUCUAAAGCCGAGCACAUCUCAAGUGUUUGUGCACGUGUGUGGUUGAGUUGAGAUGAAAGGUGACCUUGUGCGCAUUCGCAGCCAGAACCUUGCUUGUCAGUCUCCGAUACCGUAAAAAGCAGGCUGUCAUUCUAAAUUCUGAGCAUCCCUACAUGCUCUCUCUCUUUACAUCUUUACAUUGAAUACGAUUCCUGGAUGUGUCAAGGCAGUGAUUAACUAACUGAUAGGUGUGUGUGUGUUCGUAAGCACGGGCGACUGUGUGUGUAUGCGUGCAUGUAUUUGGAGUGUCAGAGUGUGUGUGUGGGGGUGAGUGCGAGCAUCAGUCCUUGCCCACUUAUAGGGGAAGGUUAGCUAAUUUUCUUAAAGGCGAUUUCUAACGUUCACCUGCAGACGUGUUUGGAUGAUUCACAAUAGCUAAUUUAUUGUGAGAAUCUGAGAGAUGGACAGUAAAAUUGAGUGAGUUCGUUCAAUAGAUAGAAUGGGCUUAAUAAUGGAACCUUGCUGUGACACACUCUCGCAUUAGUGCCUGUUUGGUUCUGUAUACCUCCAUUUAAACAUUUGAUGGUUAGUACAAAGGAAAUGUCCUCUGCUGAACUGACUAAAGGCUAACUCUCUCAUGUCUAUUGAUGGAUCCCAGACACAAAGGCUCUGUCUCGACUGCUUAAAACAUCUGUCCUCACCACCUCCUCUUCAUCUGCACUGAUUGGAAAAACAAUAUGGAUGAAGGCAACUCAUCCUCCUCAGGCUGACUCAUCAUCACCUUGUCAAUUCUUCCAGAUCAAUGCAUCGAAGGAGAGGAGGCGAGGAGAGGAUUUUUUUAGAUAAUUGAAAAAGAGCUCUGGUUUAAUUUCACCUGUCACUCACCCCUUCCUCUAACUUACCUCACAGGUGAUAAAUGCAUUGUGUGUUGCACUGUACUUUUUCAUUCUUAAACUCUGAAACUUAAGGAACGUUCAUGAGUAACUUUGUCCCUCUCACUCUGUCCUCUCUCUUUCUCCCUCUCUCUCUCGCUCUUUCACUCUCUCCUCUCUCUCUAUGUCUUUGUCUCCCUCUGUCAAUCUCUCUGUCCCUCUGUCUCUCUCUGUCUCUCUCUCUCUUUCUCUCAAUUCAAUUCAAUUUAAGGGCUUUAUUGGCAUGGGAAACAUAUGUUAACAGUGACAAAGCAAGUCAAGUAGAUAAUAAACAAAAGUAAACAUAACACUCACAAAAGUUCCAAAAGAAUAAAGAAAUGUAUGUGCAAAUAACCAUCUCUCUCUCUCUCUCUCUCUCUCUGUCUCUCUCUCUGUGUGUCUCUCUCUCUCUCUCUCUCUCUCUCUCUCUCUCUCUCUCUCUCUCUCUCUCUCUCUCUCUCUCUCUCUCUCUCUCUCUCUCUCUCUCUCUCUCUCUCUCUCUCUCGAUUCAAUUCAAUUUGCUUUAUUGGCAUGACGUAACAAUGUACAUAUUGCCAAAGCUUACUUUGGAUAUUCACACUAUUAACAUAAUUAAAAUAAUAAUAAUCAAUACUGUCAAUGGGACAACAGUAACAACAAUAAUCAAGGGUCAAAAUAACCAUUGAACAAUAACAAUAUAGAGGACAUGUGCAGGUUGGUUGGUCUGUCAGACACUGUCCCUCAUCUUAUGGCAGGCAGAAAUGUAGUGCGCUGCCAACCCACAGCUCUCUGCGUCCUCCCCCAACAGGACGGGUAGUCUAUUCUCAUCAGAGAGGUCUUUGAAACCUUGAAAAAUUGUUUCAAAUUUGGGGAAAUGACACAUUCUAAUUGUUUUAUAUUUUUGACAUUUUGUCAGGAAAUGCAGCUCUAUCUCAGGUUCUGCUGCGGUGCAGUGGUUGCACAGCCUUUCCUCUACAGGGAGCCAUGUUUUCCUGUGUCUACCCUUCUCAAUGGCAAGGCCGUGCUCACUGAGCCUGUACUUUGUCAAGGUUUUUCUAAGGUUUUGAUCAGUAACCAUGGUCAAAUAGUUAGCCACGGUGUACUGUCGAUUUAGGGCCAGGUAGCUCUGCAUUUUACUUUGUGCUUGUGUUUCCCAAUAAGCAAUGUAGUUUUGUUUUGACUGUGUUGUAAUUUGGUUUAUUCUGAUUGAUUGGAUGUUCUGGUCCUGAGGCUUCAGUGUGUUUAGUAGAACAGGUUUGUGAACUCAGCCCCAGGACCAGCUGGAUGAGGGGACUAUUUCCUUUGCUCAGCUCUUGGCAUUGCAGGGCUUGGUAAUGAUAUGAGAGGGGGUCACUGUAUUUAGAUGUUUCCAAAACUGAAUUGCUCUUUUUAGAUUUUUUAUUAUAAGUGGAUAUUGGCCUAAUUCUGCCCUGCAUGCAUUGUUUAUAGUUUUCCUCUGGACAUGUCUCUCUCUCUCUCUGUCUAUCUAUGUCUCUCUUUCUCUUGGACACAGGUCCCGAUCGGACCCAGGUGGUGACGUUGGAGCAGGGGGCAGAGACGGAGGUGGAUGUCACACCAGAGCUGAACGACAUGGAAGAGGUUGUACAGGAGUCUUCUGGAGACUGGCAGUGUGGCAUUCCCAACGUCUUCCCUUAGCUCCCAACUCAGAAUUGAAUUGACCAUCCCGGUUCAUCCCAGCAUAAACUCUUUACUAGGAGUCUGAUGAUACAAAGUACUGAUUUUACCACUAAGUAGGUGUGGAAAAACAUUCCACUCUGAUCAACCCCCUCCUUUUCUCAUGCCCCCAAAGCUUUUUAAUUGAGUUGGACAGUUCUGCACUUUUUCUAAAGCAUGUCCAAGGUAAUGUUGCCAUUUAAAUACUGAAAACAGAAAGCGUGUGUGGCCGUAUCUACACGCAUUGGGUCUUAGCAGCAGCUGUUUCUGCCUGUUUCUCUUGUCCUCAGAUAAGCAUUAAAGGGGCAAUCUGUGAUUGCUACAUCCAUUUUUUUUAUUUUUAAAUUCAUGAUAUAUACCCAGUGAUUCUUGAAGAGUAUAACUUAAAAAUGCCUCAUGAGCUUAGUUCAGUUUGUUCCUUUUUGUUUGUAAAAAAGUGCAAUUGUAAACAAACAUUGUAUGCCUCAACAUGGUUAAAACUAUCAUUUUGAUAUCAUGGUUUGCAUCUAUAGCUCUGUCUUAUGAAUUUGAGAGUGGUUACAUUUCUCCAGCCCCAUCCCUCAGCUAUUUACCAAAUCAGUGGCGGGGUGCCCGCUUUUAUUAUUGUUUGAACUGCAGAUUGUCCCUUUAAAGGCAGUGAACUGGUCCUUCCAUUGACUAAAUUGCUGUUAUCUGGUUUCAGCCUGCGCUCUGAUUCUCAUUAGUAUCAAUCCAUUAUGAGAUGUUUUAGUCAAUAAGCCGUUUAGUAAUCAGACGCUGACCUCACAGUACAGUUCACCAGUCGGGGCUGUAGCUAGCUGAGGUAGGCUACUGGCGGUUGGUUCCUAGACUGUUGUUUACUCUGUUUGCCAAUAAGAGGAGCAAACACUAUAGAUCUGCAUGGCUGCACUGUCAGUCCUGUGGUACUGGUUCAUGUCUCCCUGUAGAGUAGUAUAACCACUCACAAGCCCCAACCAGAAACAGCACCUAGCUCCUACCCCACUAGGCACCCCUGAUAAAUCAAUCAAUUAAAUGCAUUUUUAAAGCCUUUUUUACAUCAACAGUAGUCAGUCACAAACUGCUUUAUAUGACCUAAUACGGACUGGAGCCUAGCAACCAGAAGGAAGUUUGGGGUAGGUAUAAGCGAUAGUGUAGGAACUCCACCUUGCCCUCUGAAAGGCUAGAUGAAGUAUUUGCCUUAUUGCUUAUUCCUAUCCAAUCAUUUCCGAUCUACACAAGUGUUUAACGGGCAGGGUUUAGGGGUUGUUUCUAGACGGGGUACUCUAUCACUCCCGUGCUCCCUCAGGGCAGCUCCACAAACUGCAAUCAGGCCACUAUUAA